UUGAAUAAAAGUGUUUUUCACCCAAAUUUUGUUUUUUUGAGAGAAGUGUGGUGACAAUAAUUUUUUUUUUUGAAUUUGUUUUAAGUGAAAAGUGAACAAAGUGGAUUACAAUCAUACUGGGGUUUAACACUUUUAUCGGCGGUCAGAAGCUAUGGCGACCGCAAAAAUGAAGUUAAUACUGCCUCUAGUCGUUUGGAUUAUAUGGAUAUGUAAUACGACAAAUGUACACUCGCAGUCAUUACACGGAGGCGUUGGGUUUGGUUUAAAUAAACGUGAAAUAUUCUUCUUGAAUCUCGAAGACGGCUACUUCGGGUGUCAAGUGAAUGAAAGUACUGAUGUAUUACAAUUAUAUGAAUUAAGUAAAUUAUGUGAUGGUAAACCUGACUGUUUCCGUGGUUCAGAUGAACUGCGUGCAGAACUGAAGUGUACAGAUGAUUGCACCAAAGAUGAUGGUACAUUAUGUCAAAAUGGGGCAUGUCUGGAUCACCAAUGCCAUUGUAAUGAUGGUUUUGGAGGAUGCAGUUGCGAAGUGCCAGACGAAAAUGAAUGUAAAUAUCGUCCAUGUGAUGUAUUUGCACAUUGUACGAACACACUCGGAAGUUUUCAGUGUACAUGUUAUCCUGGAUAUCGAGGAGAUGGAUUUUCAUGUGAAGACAUAAACGAAUGCGAUGAUCCAGCAAUAGCUGCGCGAUGUGUAGAAAAUGCUGAAUGUUGCAAUUUACCAGCACAUUUUCUGUGCAAAUGUUUACCAGGAUUCGAAGGUGACGGUGAAGAAAAAUGUACAGAUAUCGAUGAAUGUGCCAAACCAAAUGCAUGUGGAACGAAUGCCAUAUGUCAAAAUACUUUAGGAAAUUAUACUUGUACAUGUCCCGAGGGAUUCGAAGGAAAUCCUUUUAAUGGGUGCGUGGAUAUUGAUGAAUGCGAAAAUCCGUUAACCGCUUGUGGACCAGAAGCAAUAUGUAAAAAUACAAUUGGCGGCAAAGUAUGUGAAUGCCCACCAGGUUUUUCUGGUGAUGCUUACGGACCAGAAGGUUGUCGCGAUGCAGAUGAAUGUGCGCGAUCACCUUGUGGGCGAGAUGCACUAUGUUCAAAUGUUAUUGGAUCAUUUAGAUGUGCCUGCCCCGAAGGAUUUAUUGGUGAUCCUAUGUCUGAAUGUAAAGAUAUUGACGAAUGCAUCGAUCAACCUUGUGCUAAUAACGCUUUGUGUAUUAACACAAAUGGAAGCUAUUCAUGUGAGUGUCCUCCGGGAUACAGUGGCAGUGGAAAACCUGGCGACGAAUGUCUUGACAUCAAUGAAUGUGGACGUCUAAAUUCUUGCGGUGUGAAUGCACAAUGUAUAAAUGUACCUGGAUCAUAUAAGUGUAUUUGCCCGCAAGGUUUCAGCGGCCAAGGCGAUUUAUUUUGUGAAAAUAUAAACGAAUGCAAAACAAACCCAUGUGGCGAAAAUGCUUUAUGUACGGAUACCGUUGGAAGUUACAUCUGUUCUUGCAAAGAAGAUUAUACCGGCGAUCCAUUCAGAGGUUGUGUCGAUAUAAAUGAAUGUGUAACAUUGGAUAAACCAUGUGGAGAACAUGCAGUUUGUGAAAAUGCAGUCCCUGGAUAUACUUGCUUAUGCCCACAAGGAUUUCAAGGCAAACCAGAUCCAAAAGUGGCAUGUGAACAAAUCGAUGUUAAUGUUUUAUGUAAAUCAAAUUACGAAUGCACAAACAAUGCUGAAUGUAUCGAAGGACAAUGUUUCUGCCAAAAAGGAUUUAUUGCCAAAGGCGCCGUUUGCGUUGAUGUCGACGAAUGCUUGAAUCAACCAUGUGGACCACAUGCGCAAUGUUUGAACACAGUUGGUAGUUUUGAGUGUGAAUGUGAAAAUGGACAUGUCGGUGCACCACCUCACAUCCAAUGUAAAGCGCCCUGCGAAGACGUUAAGUGUGGCGCUCAUGCAUUUUGUAAGCCCGAUGGAAAUGAAGCAUACUGUAUUUGUGAACAAGGUUGGACAUUUAAUCCAGCUGAUAUUGGGGCAGGAUGUAUUGAUAUUGAUGAAUGUGAUAAAAUUAACGGGCCAAAUGGACGAUGUGGUGCUAAUGCAAUCUGUACAAAUAAUCCUGGUAGUUUUUCAUGUCAGUGUGCACAAGGAUAUUCUGGCAAUCCCUUGACACAAUGUUUAGAUAUUAAUGAAUGUUUGGAACCAAAUGCUUGUGGUCCAGGUGCUAUUUGCCAUAAUGUACCGGGAACAUAUACAUGUGAAUGCCCGGAAGGAUCUAUACCAGACCCAGAUCCAAAAACCAAGUGUGUAGGAAUUGUCACAUGUAAUACAAAUGACGAUUGUCCAGGAAAUGCAAUUUGUGAUUCACAAAAACGCUGUUUAUGUCCGGAACCAAAUAUUGGAAAUGAUUGCAGACAUCCUUGUGAAAAUAUACAAUGUAAACCAAAUUCCCAUUGUAUGUUAAUCAAUGAUGCGGUCACAUGUUUAUGUGCGAGCGGUUAUAAUGGAACAGCAAAUGGAUGUAUUGACAUUGAUGAAUGUGCAGGAAAUCCUUGCGCCGCAGGAGCUGUUUGUAAUAAUCAACCAGGAAGUUUCUCGUGUCAAUGCCCAGGUGGCGCUAGCGGAGAUCCAUAUCGAAGUGGAUGUUUAAAGACAACAAAUCCAUAUACAUGUUCGGAUUCAAAGCCAUGCCCCAGUUCAGAACAGUGUGUCCAUGAUGAAUUUACAGGAGAUAAUGUUUGUAUUUGUACUCAAGGAUAUACUCGAGAUCCACAAACUAAUAAAUGUAGAGAUAUCAACGAAUGUACCGAACAACGAGACCAUCCUACAUGUGGAUUAAAUGCUUUAUGUAAGAAUUUACCAGGAAGCUAUGAAUGUCAAUGCCUACCUGGAUUUAACGGUAAUCCAUACACACAAUGUGAAGAAUGUAAUUCCUUGCAAUGUAAAUGCCAACCUCCAUAUGAAAUAGUGAAUGGAAGCUGCGUUUUAGCUGGAUGUUCCCAAAAAGAUAAAUGCCCAGUAGGAGCUGAAUGUAUUACUAUCACUGGAGGAGUAAGUUAUUGUGCAUGUCCAAAAGGAUACCGAACAGGACCAAAUAACGAAUGUGUUGAUAUAAAUGAAUGUGAAGAAACUGGACGCCAAAUUUGUGGAUAUGGAGCGUUAUGUGUAAACACUCAGGGUUCACAUGAAUGUCAUUGCCCUAAUGGCUAUAGUGGAGAUGCUUACAAUGGACUUUGUUCACCAGCUCAAAAACGUUGUAUUAAUGACAACGAAUGCUAUGCAAAUGAAAAAUGUGUGCAACCUGGAGAAUGUGUUUGUCCACCUCCUUUCUUUACCGACGCCACAGAUAAUAAUAAAUGUAAAAGCCCAUGUGAACGUUUCCCAUGUGGUAUUAACUCUAAAUGUACACCAAGUGAUCCUCCAAGAUGUAUGUGUGAAGUUGGCUUCAAAGGUGAUCCAUUGCAAGGAUGUGUAGAUAUUGAUGAAUGCGAAAGUAGUCCAUGUGCCUACGGAGCACACUGUUUAAAUAAAAAAGGAAGCUACACUUGUGUUUGUCCAAGAGGAAUGAUUGGCGAUCCAUAUAAAGGUGGAUGUAUUCUUGAUUCACCUGGACAACCAAAAGUUGAAUGUUCUGGAAACGAAGAUUGUGCGGAUAUUCUAACAUGUAUAAGUGGCAGUUGUGUUAGCCCAUGUGGUGGUUUGGUCUGUGGAGCAAAUGCUUAUUGUGAACCAGAGAAACAUGCUGCCUGGUGUCGAUGCGCUGCAGGAUUUACUGAAGGAAAAAAUGGUGAAUGUGUAUCGUUGUGUAAUGGAUUUGUUUGUGGACGUGGAGCACAAUGUAUUUCAACAUCAUUUGGACCCACAUGUAAAUGUUUGGAUGGAUUUAUUGGAAAUCCAUUUCCUGGUGGACAAUGUCAACCAGACGUAUGCUCUCCAACAAAUCCAUGUUUGGAACCAACCGUAUGUAUUGGAGGUAGAUGUAAAGAACGAUGUGAGGGCAUAGUUUGUGGAAUUGGUGCUAGUUGCGAUAGAAACACAAAUAAAUGUGUAUGUGAUCCAUUCUUUGUGGGUAAUCCUGACCUAGUUUGUAUGCCACCUGUAAUUGCGCCAUCUUGUCAACCAGGAUGUGGACCAAAUGCUCAUUGUGAAUAUGGAAUAACAAAUAAAUGUGUUUGUAAUCCUGGUACAAAUGGAAAUCCAUAUGAAGGUUGUAGUGUGGAAUCCAAAAGAACGUGUUUAACUGCACAAUGCGGUAUUGGGGCAGAAUGUCGUGAAAAUUUAAAUACAAUCGAAUGCUCAUGCCCGCCAGGAUAUGCAGGCAAUCCUUACGUUCAAUGUCAUGAUAUUGAUGAAUGUAUUUCAAAUGCUUGUGGACAAAACGCCGUUUGUAUUAAUACGGCAGGAAACUACGAUUGCAGAUGCAAGGAAGGAUAUGCUGGAAAUCCAUUUAUUGGUUGUACAGCAGUUGAACUUAAACCAUGUGAUAAUCCUUUAACAUGCAAAUGUAGUGAUUCAGUUCUUUGUCCAGCAGGAUAUACAUGCACAAGGGGAAGAUGCGUUAAUGCUUGCGAGAAAGUACACUGUGGCCCAAGAGCAAUUUGUGAUUCAGGAAAAUGUUUAUGUCCACCCGGAUAUUUGGGAAAUGCAAACGAUUUAAUAAAUGGCUGUACAUUACGAGGACAAUGUAAUAACGAUGCCGAUUGUCGAACAACUGAAAUUUGUUUCCAAUUAGGAAAAGGUUUUCGUAAGUGUGUGGAUGCCUGCAGUAAAUUACAGUGUGGCGCCAAUGCAUUAUGCGUUAGUGAAAAUCAUAGAUCAAAUUGUAUUUGUGCAGAAGGAUAUACAGGAGAUCCAAAUGAUUUAAAUUCUGGAUGCAUACCAGAACAACGUGUUGUUAAUAAAGGAGAAUGUGACAGUGAUGCAGAUUGUCCACGAAACACUGUAUGUGCAAUUAGUUCAGAAGGAAUUCGCGCAUGUGUUGAUCCAUGUUUAACUGUUGCUUGUGGGCAAAACGAAAUUUGUAAGGUUGACUUGAAUGGCAAUCCAACUUGUCAAUGCAAAGAAGACUAUUUAUGGAAUCCAGUAACAUCAUUGUGUGAGAAACCAAGCGUACCAGAUUGUCGAGCAAAUCUAGAUUGUCAACCAACGUCUGCAUGUAAACCAGACGCAUUAGGUGUACUCAAAUGUACUCCAGUUUGUGCAGAGUUUACAUGUCCUACAAAUUCUAUUUGUGUGGCUAAUAAUCAUCAAGGCCAAUGUGAAUGUUUACCUAACUUUACGGGUAAUCCUAAUGAUCGUCAAGGAUGUCGACCAGUUACCAAAAAUCAAUGUACAACUGAUGCGCAAUGUCGAGAAUCUGAAACAUGUCGAUUACACAAAGAUACAGGAAUAUUAGAGUGUCGACCUGCUUGCGAUGGAAUAGCCUGUGGACCACACGCUGUUUGUGUUACAAAUAAUCAUGUUGCACAAUGCAGAUGUCCACCGGGUCAUUUUGCCGGCGACCCAAGUGAUUUAAUCAAUGGUUGUAAAGAAGUUCCAUGUGUAUAUAAUAACGAUUGUCCAGUUACACAAUUAUGUAAUCGUUUAACACAUACAUGUUAUGAUGUAUGUGACGAAGAUUCUUGCGGAACUAAUGCAGUUUGUAUUGCUGAAGACCAUAAAGCAAAUUGUCAAUGUCCACCCGGUUUCCGAGGAAAUCCUAUUGCAGAUGUAGAAUGUGUUCAUUUAGAUGUCUGUAGUCCAAAUCCAUGCCACUCAUCAGCAAUAUGCGAAGGUAGUGGAUCUGGCCACAUUUGUCGCUGUCCAUCAAACUUUGUUGGUGAUCCAUAUACAUCAGGUUGUCGCCCCGAAGGAAAUUGUCCAAAUGGAGACAAUGAUUGUCCAUUACAAUCGAUAUGUCAAGCGGGAAAAUGUAUUAAUCCAUGUGAUCAUGGAAUUUGUGGACCAAAUGCUAUUUGCAACGUAGUCAAUAGAAAACCAGUAUGUACAUGUCCAUUGAAGUUCGAACCAGUACCUUCAGGACCGCAAGACGGAUGUGUUCGUACAGUUGUUGGUUGUUUUAGUGAUUUUGAUUGUGGUGGUGAUGUAUGCUUUAAUGGACAAUGUAAGAUCGCUUGUCGAAACUCCGAUGAUUGUUCAAAAGGUGAAAAAUGUUUACAAAAUAUGUGUAUUGUACCAUGUGUCAGCCACAGUCAAUGUGUUGAAGGCCAAGCCUGUGUGAAUAACACAUGUCUGAUUGGAUGUCGAAGUAAUAGGAAUUGUCCAUCUAAUGAAGCUUGUAUCAACAACAAAUGCUUAAAUCCAUGCAGUCGAGAAGGUGUUUGUGGGCCAAAUGCAAUAUGUCAAUGUAAUCAACACCGAACACAAUGCCAGUGCCCACCAGGUUUUGAAGGAAAUCCAACACCACAGGAAGGAUGCAUACGAGUACCAUCUUCAUGUGUUGCCACAAGUGAUUGUCCAAGUGGACACAUGUGCAUCGGUCAUCAGUGCAGCUUACCAUGUACUGAUAAUUCAUUAUGCGCUAUCGGUGAACGUUGCAGUAAUAAUGUGUGCGUUAAAGUAUGUUUCGGUAACAGCAAUUGUUUACCAGGCGAAGUGUGUUUACAAGGAAUAUGUCAAACUGGAUGCGAAAGUGAUGCAGAUUGCAAAACAAGUCAAAUAUGUAUUGCUAAUAAAUGUCGUUGCUCAAAUGGAUUCAUUGCCACACCAACAGGAUGUGCCGAUAUAAAUGAAUGCGAAGAUAAUCCUUGCCACCCUAGUGGUUUAUGUAUCAAUACAUUAGGAUCAUUUAAAUGUACAUGUCCUGAAGGAAAAGUUGGAGAUGCUUAUGCAGGACCAGGAUGUAAAGCACCAAAUGAAUGUUAUCAAGAUUCUGAUUGUAGUGAGACAUUAGCUUGUGAAAAUGGUCGUUGUACCGAUCUUUGUCCAAAAACGCAAUGUGGACCAAAUGCCAUUUGUAAUGCUUUCGAUCAUCGACCGACAUGCUCAUGUCCUGCAGGUCAUUUAGGCGAUCCUUUCGAUUUAAGUGUUGGAUGUUUUAAAGUAGAUUGUUUAACGAACGAGGACUGUCCUAGAGAAAAGAAAUGUGAUCUGCAAAGUUACAAAUGCGCAAAUCCUUGCGAUGGAAUAAAUUGUGGACGUGGGACUUGUGAACCAACAAAUCACCAACCAUUUUGCUCAUGCCUCUCUGGAUAUAUUAAUUUUGGAGGUCUUUGCCAUGAUAUAAACGAAUGUGACGAUAAUCCUUGCCACUCAACGGCACUUUGUACAAACACUGAAGGAUCUUACAGUUGUAGUUGUCCAGAAGGCUUAAUCGGUGAUCCUGUAAAAACUGGUUGCCGCAAACCUGGGGAUUGUUUCACAGAUUCAGAUUGUCCAAUUACUGCAUCAUGUAUUGAUAACCGUUGUAAAAAUCCAUGCGAUUUGCCACAAUCUUGCGGACAAAAUGCACUUUGCACGCCAUUAAAUCAUAAUCCAGAGUGCAGAUGUCCAGCCAAAACAUUGGGUGAUCCAAAAGUAGGAUGUGUUCCACUGGAAUGUACUGACAAUAAUGAUUGUGAUACAAACUUAAUAUGCUUAAAUACGAAAUGUGUCAAUCCUUGUUCAUUACCAAAAGCAUGUGGACCAAAGGCUGAAUGUAUCGCAAAUCAACAUGUUGCUUUAUGUAGUUGUGAAGCCGGACAUACUGGUGAUCCUUUAUUAGGAUGUGUUCCAGUGCUUUAUUGUGCUGCAGAUUCACAAUGUCCAGCUGGAACUAAAUGUAAUGGAGGUAUUUGUACAGCGCUGUGUUCAAGUGGUCGAGAUUGUAUUGGUGAUCAAUUAUGUAUCCAAGGAGUAUGCCAACCAACAUGUCAAACAAAUUCUAGCUGUCCCGAUUUCCAAUUUUGUCUCAAUAAUAUUUGUACACAAGAAGUAAAAUGCCAUUCAAAUGACGAUUGUGAUUUAAAUGAAAAAUGUGUCAAAAAUUCCAUUGGCCAAGCUGAAUGUGUCGAUGGCUGUUAUGGAACUCUGUGUGGACGAAAUGCCGAUUGCUCAUCACCAAAUCAUGAACCAGAAUGUAUAUGUAAACCAGGCUAUAAAGGUGACGCUUACGACGAUCGAUUAGGAUGCCAACAAAUUGAAUGUGAAACAAGUAACGAUUGCUCAAAAGAAAAAUUCUGUGAAAAUAACAUGUGCAAAAUUGCAUGUUUGGCAAAUAAUCCAUGUGGUUCAAAUGCUGUAUGCUCAGCUCAAAAUCAUGAGUCUGUUUGUUACUGUCAACCAGGUUACACAGGAGAUGCAUACUCUGGUUGUACUGCAAUCGAUUUCUGUGCUGAUUUACCAUGUGGCCCUGGAGCAAAAUGUCAUAAUGCCCGUGGAUCAUAUAGAUGUCAAUGUCCUGUAGGAACUGUUGGCGAUCCCUACAACGAUGGAUGUGUCGCACCUGUAGAAUGUGAAAAGAAUACUGAUUGUCCAAAUGCUGCCGAAUGUAUAACAUCAAAUGGUGUUCCAAAAUGCCGAGAUGCGUGUGAACAAACUUUAUGUGGUCCAAAUUCAGACUGUUUCUCGGCUGCUCAUGAAGGAAUUUGUAAAUGCAGAGAUGGCUAUGAAGGAAAUCCAAAUGACAUUAGCAUUGGAUGUCGGCCCAAGCCAAUAUCAUGCAGCAGUACCGCAGAAUGCCCACAAAAUACAUAUUGCUAUGGUGGAGUAUGCAAAUUAUUCUGCGAUUCAGAUAACGAAUGCAGUUUGGCAGAAAAUUGUAUCGAAGGCCAAUGCAAAAACUUGUGCGAACGGCCGAAAAGUUGUGGAAUGAAUGCAGAAUGUAAUGUUUUCAGCCAUGUGAAACAAUGUUCAUGCCCACCAGGAUUUACAGGCAAUCCAGAAGUCGAAUGUGUCCGAAUUCCAGUUUCAUGUAAUGUUCCAGAAGACUGUAGUGAAGGCAACACAUGCCGAGAUAGUAUGUGCUUACCAGUGUGCCAAAAUGAUAAUCAAUGUGCCUUUAAUGAAAAAUGCAUUAACGGAAAUUGUAUCUUAACAUGCCGUCUCGAUAAUGACUGUUUCUUAGGACAUAUUUGUUUACAUAAUACUUGUGUUUUCGGAUGUCACGGUGACGAAGAUUGUAGUGCAAGUGAAUCGUGUCGAAAUAACCGUUGUGUAAAUCCAUGUUUGGAUUCUCCUUGUGGUCCGAAUGCUUUGUGUACAGUUACAAAUCAACGAGCUACGUGCUCGUGCGCCAUCGGUUUUGUACCAAAUCCGACUGCAAAUGUAGCUUGCGUUCGUGCUCCAGCAAUUCCAUGUACAGAAAAUCGGGAAUGUCCAUCAGGAACAACUUGUUUCGAAGAAGUUUGCCGUCCAGUAUGUUCUAAAGAUUCAGGAUGUCUCUCUAAUGAAAGAUGUGAUGUACCAAAUAGUGUUUGCAAACCUCUAUGUCGCAGAGAUGACGAUUGCAGAGCAGGAGAAUACUGUGAAGAUUUAACUUGUGUAAUUGGUUGCCGAAGUGAUUCUGGAUGUCCUCUAGAUAGAAGUUGUAUUAAUAAUCAAUGUGUAGAUGUUUGUGCUUCGCCAACAGCGUGUGGUACAAAUGCAGAAUGUUCGGUAUAUAAUCAUGCAAAGAUUUGUACUUGUCCAAAUUCGUUAGUUGGAGAUCCACUGAUUAGUUGCCGACAACCAACUAUCACAUGUGUAUCAAAUAAUUCAUGUGCUGAAGGACAAACCUGUUAUGGUGGAUUAUGCCAAUCAACAUGUUUAUCGAAUAACGAUUGUUUAUCAGAUGAAAGAUGUUUGGAUAAUAUUUGCAAACCAAUUUGCAACACAGAUGCAAAAUGUGGUGCUCAACAAAUUUGUGAUAAUAGAGUAUGCCAAAUUGGAUGCCGAAGUGACACUUCAUGCCCUGAUCAUCAAGCUUGCUUAAAUAAUAAAUGCCAAAAUCCAUGUGAAUUUUCAAAUACUUGUGGAGAAUGUGCUGAAUGUAAAGUUGUGAAUCAUGGUAUACAAUGCAGUUGUCCAUCCGGGUACUUAGGAAAUCCUCUAGUCACUUGUACACAACCAGCUGUAAAAUGUAAUGGAUUCUGCGAAUGUGACACAUCGGGCUAUUGUACUAAAUCCUGUAGCAGUGAUUCUGAAUGUUCUUGUGGUGAAUCAUGCGCUCAAGGAAAAUGUCGAGCUAAAUGUUCAGGAACAGGCUCAUGUGCCCGAGGACAAUUAUGCCAAGGUGGAGUUUGUUUACCGGGAUGUAGAACAAAUGCUGAUUGUGCAACUGACAAGAGUUGUAUUGCAAAUCAAUGUCAAGAUCCAUGCUUGAACGCACCAUGCGGUACAAACGCACUCUGUUUAGUGUCAGAUCAUCGUACAAUAUGUCUUUGUCCAGAUGGAUAUCAAGGAGAACCUACACGAAAAUGUACACCAUACGAAUGUUUAACUGACAAUGACUGCGAAAUAAAUAAACGAUGUGGCGAAGACAAAGCUUGUCGGAAUCCUUGUUUAGAAGCCGGUGUUUGUGGUAUUAAUGCUCAAUGUAGAGUUGUGAAUCGUAAAGCACAAUGUUCAUGCCCAAUUGGUUUAAUUGGAAAUCCACAAAUCGAAUGCAAGCAAGGUGGUAAGGAGGAAUGUUUACGAAAUCCAUGCGGGCCAAAUGCACGCUGCCGUGAUAUUCCUGGUGGCGUAGGUGGAUUCGAAUGUACGUGCGCUACAGGAUGCGUUGGUGAUCCCUACCGCGGAUGUGUCUGUGAAGGAUCACUUGUUAAUUUGUGUAAAAAUAAACGGUGUGGUGAAAACGCUCUAUGCCAUAUUGUAAACAAACAAGCUGAAUGUUACUGCCCACAAGAAUUUCCAGCAGGAAAUCCAAACAUAAAAUGUACCGUCGAACGAACAGUCAUUGAUUGUAGAACCGAAGGCUGUGGAAAUGGAGCUGAAUGUAUACGUGAAGGUACUGCCUUUGUUUGUCGAUGCCAAAACGACAUUGAAUGUACAAGUGACUUGGACUGUUCAAAUAAUAAAGCAUGCAUUGGGCUACAAUGCAUUGAUCCAUGUACAUUACGGGGGGCUUGUGGAGAGAACGCCUUAUGUAAAACAGUAUUACAUAAACCGCGCUGUUCGUGCCCGCAAUGUUAUGUGGGAAUGCCACAUUUGUCAUGUCGAAUUGAUCCACAAUGUGAAACAACACAACCAAGACCUUUAAUACCCGUUCCAUGUUCAACGGAUGCAGAUUGUUCAUCUAGUUUAUCCUGUAAUAAAGCUACAGGAAAUUGUCAAGAUCCAUGUAAAUUUGAGAACUAUAGCUGUAAAGGCAACAAACGUUGCGAAGUUCGUAAUCAUAGACCAGUCUGUGUAUGUAAAUCAGGCUUUAUUGUCAAUGAAUUAGGUGAAUUAACAUGUGCACCUUCUGAUAAAGAAUGUUCACGUGAUUCCGAUUGUGCAUCAAGUCUUGCAUGUAUUGAAGGCAAGUGUUUAAACCCAUGUACUGCUCGGCCAAACUCUCCAUGCCCUCCUAAUAAGACAUGCGACGUACUAGACCACAAAGCCAUUUGCAUAUGUAUGCGCGACUGCCAUCCUUCCUUGUCCAUUUGCCUGAGAGAUAGCGGCUGCCCAUCACACCUUGCGUGCCGAGAUUUCAGCUGUGUGGAUCCAUGUGAAGACAAUACCUGCCCAACUGAUACUCCAUGCUACGUUGAAGACCACAAGGCUAUCUGCAAGUUUUGUCCUCCAGGCUUCGUGCCAGAUCCAAAAUAUGGCUGCCUUAAAGAUUUAGAAUGCUACGCUCACACUGAUUGCCCAACAUCACUUGCUUGCAUAUCAGGAUUCUGUAGAAAUCCAUGCACGGUUGCAAGUCCAUGCAAUGAUCCACAGCAAGAUUGUCAAGUUUUAGAUCACCAACCUGUUUGUGUUAAGGUAACCGGCUGUGAACAUUGCCCACCAGGGGUCCGUUGUGACCCCACGACUGGUGCUUGCAUCAAAGUCAACCAAACAGAUACAGAUAUGGGCUCAACCACUACUCCCACAGAAUCUACAACUAACACUAUUACUGAUAAACUUACCACUUUAACAGAUAUUUUGACUACAACACUUUCAUCACUAACAGACACUACUACUUAUAAAGCAAAUGACAUUACCACUUUAAGUACACAAACUGAAGAGGGUAUUGUUACCUCUGGAACGAGCAUUAUUGAUGAGAGUACUACCGUCCAAGUUACACCCCUUCCAAUUGAAACUACAACUGUUCAAAGAUCAGAUACAGAGAAUGAACAGGGAAGUACUACUGCUGGUGUAGAAUUUGAAACAAAACAAACACCGGAAUAUUUAACUACGAUUUCAUCGAAAACUACGACGAAAAACAUUUCACCUGAAACAACAACGGAAUUCGGUGAAACAACAAUUCAAGAUAUUGUGUCAAUAUCAACCACAUUAUCCUCCAAACCAGAAACAAGUACUUCCAUAAUUGAAACAACAACUGAAGAAAAGAUUACAGAAAAUAUUGAAACGACGGUAAGCCAAAUUAUAUCACAAGGAACAACCACACAGAGUACUGUGACAUUGUCUAGUUUGCCAUCGGCUGAGGUAAGUACGACAGCUGGUAUGGAAACUUCAGCUAUGACAACGGAGGAGAACCAAACUCCAACAACACCAAUUUCCACCGAAAGUCAAAUUGAUACGACUACAGAAGUAACCGUUGAUGUACGUUUCGAUGAUAAACCUACAACUACAGAAACAAUAUCUGAAACUUCUUCAGUUAAAAACGAAAUUACAACGGAAAAACAAAUUGAAAUUAGCUCUUUAACGCCAGCAGUACCCAAUUUAUAUACUGAUGCUACUACUGAAACUCAUUUAACUGAAACUAAUGUACCAGAUGAAAAAACAACGAUAAAUACUAUUUCAGAUCAAACAACUGAGUCUGAAAUAAUCACCGAAAAUAUAAAAGACGUACCAUUCACAGAAAUAUCAACCACAACUUUAUUUGAAAGUACGACUUCAUCUUCAGGUACAUCUCCAGGUUUCACAAAUCAAACAAGAAAUCAAGUAACUACUAUGCCAACUUUGGUUACUACGAUUUCAAACACUGAAAUAAUCACCGAGUCACAAACUAUAACACAAGCACAUACAACUCCUUCUGUGUAUAGUCCUGAGACUACAGUUUCUGGUAUUAUCACUGCACCAUCCUCAGAAAUAACAAAUGAAAAUCCGGAAAUCACAACCAAGAUGGUUCUAAUUACCGAAAUAAACACUGAAUCGCAAACUUCAACGCAGGCACAAACAAUCACUUCUACAGCCGGCCCAUCUGAAAAUACCGAUUUCGGUAUUAUAACUACAACGACCUCUAUAGAUCAAGAAUUGACUACAAAAUUGAGUCCAGCCACUGAAAUAAACACUGAACCACAAACUACAACACAAUCUCAAAAAAUUACAACAGUUGAGGUACCUGAAAUUACUGACUCUAGUAUUAUCACUACAACCGAGGGAAUAAAAAAAAGUCAUGAAACUACAACGGAAUUUGAAAUUGAACAAACUACAAAUGUAGAAACGCAGUCUCCAACAACUACUGUGAGAAGUUCACCUGAGACUACAAUCUCUGAUAUUGUUAGUACAACAAACGUACACAAAGAAGAUCAAGAAUUUACCACGAAGAUAAUUACUGAACAAACGCCAAUUACAGAACUUUCUGAACCCUCAACGACUGAAUCGAAAAUAUUAACUACAAGUCAACAGAUGUCACCAGAUAUAACAACAUUUGGAGCAUCAUCAGAAUUGACAACAACUGAAACUGCUGAAACACCUACAGAAAAAGUCAUUGAAAGAACAACAGAAAGUGUUGUUGUAACUACUGAAACGACUGAAUUCACAACCGAAUCUGAAAAGAAAUUACCUACCACUUCCCAAUUACCUUUUGAAAGCGAUCGUGGGACUACAAACAUACCAGAAAUACAAACUGAUUUAUCCACAACAGAGAGUUUCACCGAAACAGUUCCAUUUACUUCACAGCCUACAACUCCUGGCAAUUUCGGUGAAGCUACAACUAAGAGAAUAACUGAAAUUACUACAUCAUCAAAUGAUAUAACCACUCGUUUAGAUAUAUUUGAUGCAACUACCAUAUCUACAAAUGGAAGUGGAGAUGUUACAACAGAAGCAAUUGAUAUUUUAACAAACGGUUUUGAAGAGGAUACAACGCAAGUAAGCACGGAAGGCUUUACCGAUUCUACAACUAUUGGCAGUAUUGAUACAACAACUAAAUUUAGUCCUGACAUAUCAACACUCACAACAGACUUUAAUGACAUAACUACAACAUUGUCAGACAUAACCACACCGACAAUACUAAUUGAAUCUACAUCUUUUGUAAAUAAUAUUUCUACUCCCUAUAACAAAUCUUCUUGUAAAUUAGACACUGACUGUUACUAUGAUGAAAUAUGUCACAAUUCAAUUUGCGUAAAUCCCUGUAUACCAGAUCAAGGAAUACGCAUUAUGUGUGCAUAUAAUGCCCAUUGUUCUGUAUCGAAUCACACUGCAAUAUGUAUAUGUCCACCUGGAUAUUCUGGUGACGCCUACAAGGAUUGUCUGCAAGAGCCUGGUAUGGGUAAGGUACCCGAUCCAUGCCAAUCGGAUUCAGAUUGUAUAAGUUCCGAGGCAUGUUACAUGUCCGAAUGUCAGAAUCCAUGUGAAUUUGCCAAUGCGUGUGCACCAACAGCUAAAUGUCAAGCCAAGAUGCAUAGACCAAUAUGUACAUGCCCAAUGGGUUUUGAGGGUAACCCAGCAGUAAAAUGUUACAAAUCACAACCAUUGACAUGUAUAACAAAUGAUGACUGUCCAAUAACGGAAGCAUGUAUUGAUCGAUCAUGCCAACGGCCAUGUGAUGUCCAUAAUCCGUGUGCCCAAAAUGCUGUUUGUAUCAAUACAAAUCAUGGUUCCGAUUGUAGCUGUGCUGAAGGGUAUCAAGGAAAUGGUUAUAUUGGAUGUGUUCCAGUACACAACUAUCAACCUGUGUGUCAAUAUAACGAAGAUUGUCCGCCUGAUAAAUUGUGUGAUCGAUUAAACCGUAUUUGUAUCAGUCCAUGUUUCGAAGAUUCUUGUGGGGAUAACGCACAUUGUUUACCUGAAAAUCACGAACCAGUUUGCGAAUGUGAUGGUGGAUAUUUAGGAAAUCCAUACGUUAGCUGUGCAAGAGUUCAAGGAUGUCGAAGUGAUUCAGAAUGUCAAACGUUUGAAGCUUGUAUAAAUGGAAAAUGUGAAUCACCUUGUUCUUGUGGAUUCAAUGCAGUUUGUGACGUAGUAAAUCAUCGAGCACAAUGUAAAUGUCUACCAGGAUAUGAAGGAAACCCUUUGAGUGGAUGUAUACCUCCAACAAAUCCAUGUGAACCAAAUCCUUGUGGUAUUAAUGCUCUAUGCGAAUUAGACAACGGAAAUCCAAUCUGUUACUGUCCAAAAGGAAUGACAGGAAAUCCAUUCAAAAAUUGCAUUCCCGAAGGUGAUGAAUGUAGACCAAACACAUGUGGACCUAAUUCAGGCUGUAGAGUAGUAAACGGUGUUAAACGUUGUUUCUGUUUACCAGAAUAUGAAGGAAGUCCACCUGGAAGUCCAUGCCGAUUGCCUGAAAAUCCUUGCGAUCCUUCACCAUGUGGACCAAAUACACAGUGCAAUAUUUUAUCGAAUGGAUUCGCCAAAUGUACAUGUUUACCUGGAUACUUAGAAAGUCCUAAUACAAUUAGAGGAUGCAUUCAACAACGUAAUCCUUGUGAUCCAAGCCCUUGCGGUAAAGGAGCAUUGUGCGAUCCGAAUAAAAGCCCAGUAUGCUAUUGUCCAGAAUAUACAGUCGGAAAUCCAUUUAGAAGUUGUGCAGCCAGUGUAAUACCUGUACUUUGUCAACCAGGUCCAUGUGGAAUUAAUGCUGACUGUUAUGUUGUAAACAAUCAAGAAAAAUGUUAUUGCAGGCCAGGUCAUAUUGGGGAUGCAUAUUCCGGUUGUAUACUUCAACCCUUAUCGCCUUGUUCGCCAAAUCCUUGCGGGCCUGGUGCCAUCUGUAGCGUAAAUGCUCAAGGGCAUUCUUUAUGUCAAUGUCCAACAGGAUUGCUUGGUGAUCCAACAGGACCAGAAGGCUGUUUAAGAUUGGAAUGUCAAACUGAUGAUGAUUGCUCAGACAAACAAUCCUGUAUCAGGUACCGUUGCCAAAAUCCAUGCCCCGGAUCAUGCGGUGCAAAUGCACAUUGUCGAGUAGAAAAGCAUCAUCCUGUAUGUACUUGCGCUCAUGGUUUCACUGGAAAUCCAAUUUUAAGCUGCUUUGCUGUACCAGCACCUAUUCCCGAAGACAAUCCAUGUUGGCCUAGCCCCUGUGGUUUAAAUACACUAUGCCGUGUGAUGUUAGGCCGUGCAGUUUGCUCUUGUUUGCCAGAAUUUUAUGGAGAUCCUCAAAUUGGAUGUAAACCAGAAUGUACCGUUAACUCAGAUUGUCCAGCUAACCAAGUAUGUUUAGAUAGACAUUGCAAAGAUCCAUGCGCUGGAGGAAACGUCUGUGGCAUAAAUGCUAUUUGCUCCUGCCAAUAUCAUACAAUUUUAUGUAGCUGUCCAGAAGGUUAUAUGGGCAACCCAUUCACACAAUGUACAAUAAUUACACAAGACAUGAACAUUACUCAACCUUGUUCAACAUCGCAAUGUGGACCUCAUUCAGAAUGCAGCAUUUAUGGACCGCAUGUUACAAUUUGUGAUCCAUGCUCAUAUCCAAACAAUUUAUAUAAUCCACAAUGUCGACCAGAAUGUAUAAUUAAUUCAGAUUGUCCAUUUAAUAAUGCAUGUUUCAAUCACAAGUGUGUAGACCCAUGCCCAGGAUCAUGCGGUGUUGAUGCCAUAUGUGUGGCUGUCAAUCACGUUCCUAUUUGUUCUUGUCCUUCAGGACUAGUUGGUAAUCCAUUUGAACAUUGUUCUAUUCCACAAACUCCACAGCAAAUUCCAGAAACUUGUAACAGCGUUCAAUGCGGAGCAAAUGCAUAUUGUUCUCAAAAACAAGGUGUAUUAGCAUGUACCUGUAAAGAAGGAUUCUAUGGUAAUCCCUUAGUAGGUUGUCAUCCAGAGUGUGUGAUAAACAAUGAUUGUCCAAUGAAUAAAGCAUGUAUCAAUAAUAAAUGUGAAAAUCCAUGCAUUGGAGUUUGUGGUGUACGCGCAACUUGUGAAGUUAUAAAUCAUUUACCAGUAUGCUAUUGUCAAAAUAAAUAUAUUGGGGAUCCAUUUAUUUCUUGUAAUCCACAUUACUUACCACCUGCUCCAGGAUCACAUCUAAAUCCUUGCGAUCCAUCGCCAUGUGGACCAAACAGUAGAUGUUUGGUUACCAAUAAUAAUUUUGCUAGUUGUUCAUGUUUACCGGGAUAUGGAGGUCUACCUCCAUACUGUAUGCCAGAAUGCUUGUUAAGCUCAGAUUGCUUACAAACACAAGCUUGUGUGAAUCAAAAAUGUAUAGAUCCAUGUCCGGGAACAUGUGGAAUUGGAGCACGAUGUGUUGUCAUCAAUCAUAAUCCAAUAUGUAGUUGUCCUGCUGGCCAAAUAGGAGAUCCAUUUUCAAGCUGCCAAGCACCAUCAACUGAUGUUGAAAUGCCAAAGAAUCCUGAAAACCCUUGUUCACCAUCACCAUGUGGACCAAAUUCCAUUUGUCAAGUUAAACAAAACAGGCCUAUUUGUUCAUGUCAAGCUAAUUACAUAGGAAGUCCGCCAUAUUGUCGGCCAGAAUGUGUUAUAAGUCAAGAAUGUUCGCCGGACAAAUCUUGCAUCAACGAAAAAUGCCAAAAUCCAUGUGCAAAUAAUUGUGGACCUAAUGCAGAAUGCCACGUUGUAAAUCAUACACCUUUCUGUAGUUGUGCAACAGGAUAUGAAGGAGAUGCUUUUAUUGGUUGUUCAAAAAUACCACAAAGGCCUGCAUUGCCUGAUAAUCCAUGUGUGCCAUCACCAUGUGGCGAAAAUACACAAUGUACGAAUAGGAAUGGAGUUGCCGUAUGUACCUGUAUACCACCAUAUCUAGGAAAUCCCUAUGGAAGUGGUUGUAGACCAGAAUGUAUUGGAAAUUCAGAUUGUCCUAGUCAUUUAUCAUGUAUUUCACAACAUUGUCGCGAUCCUUGCCCAGGAUUAUGUGGCGUUAAUGCUGAAUGUAGUGUUAUAAAUCACAUUCCUGUAUGUACUUGUUUACCUGGGUAUAGUGGCGAUCCAUUCCAAUCGUGUCGUUUUGAACCACUACCAACGCUUCCACCUUUGAAUCCAUGCGAUCCAUCACCAUGUGGGCCCAACAGUUUAUGCCGUGUUGUUCAAGGCCAUGCAGUGUGUUCUUGCCAGGCUGGAUAUUUGGGUAACCCACCAAGUUGUCGCCCAGAGUGCGUGGUUAGUUCAGAAUGUGCAAAUCAUCAAGCUUGCAUCGGACAAAAGUGUACUGAUCCAUGCUUAGGAACAUGCGGUUUAAAUGCCAAGUGCCAAGUGAUAAACCAUAAUCCAAUAUGUAGUUGCCCACCAGGAUACGAAGGCGAUCCAUUUAUUUCUUGUACUCGUGAAUCACCAAAAGUGCCAUUAAAUCCUUGUUUACCAUCACCGUGUGGACCGAACUCAGAGUGUAAAGUUUUGCAAUCGCGACCGGUAUGCUCUUGUUUACCAGGAAUGCUCGGUGUUGCUCCAAAUUGUAGACCUCAAUGUACAAUUAAUCAGGACUGUCCUUCACAUUUAGCUUGUGUUAAUAAUAAGUGUCGUGAUCCAUGUGCCGGUGCUUGUGGAUUUAAUACACAAUGUGAUGCUCAAAACCAUCGCCCCGUAUGCAGAUGUUUACCUGGUUUCGAAGGUGAUCCAUUCUCAUCAUGCAACGAAAUUCAAGUUGCUGUAGAUCUACCUCGAGACCCAUGUUAUCCUUCACCCUGUGGAAUAAAUGCUUUUUGUAAAGUACAUAAUCACAGAGGCUUGUGUAAUUGUAUUCCGGAGUAUUUUGGUGAUCCGUAUGUAGAAUGUAGACCCGAAUGUGUGAUGAAUUCUGAUUGUCCAUAUAAUAAAGCAUGUAUAAAUAAUAAAUGCCAAGAUCCAUGUUAUGGCGCUUGUGGAUUGAACGCUGAAUGUCAAGUUAUAAAUCAUUAUCCUAAAUGUAUAUGUCCAAUUGGUCAAACUGGAAAUCCAUUAAUUGCUUGUCACCAACCACAACCACCUAGUGAGUCACACACUCCUAUCGACCCAUGUUCGCCAUCACCCUGCGGACCAUUUAGUCUAUGCCGUGUGUAUAAUAGUAUUGCUGUAUGUUCAUGUCAAGCUGAUAGCAUAGGUUCUCCACCUCAAUGUCGGCCAGAAUGUGUAUCAAAUUCUGAUUGUCGUUUAGACAAUGCAUGCAUAAAUCGGAAAUGUGUUAAUCCAUGUACAGGUGCUUGUGGAAUAAAUACAAUAUGCAGAACAGUAAUGCAUAAUCCACUAUGUAUCUGUAAAUCCGGUUUUAUAGGAGAUCCAUUAAGUCAAUGCGUUGAAGACGAAAAACGACCAAUUGAAUUCGAAGAAAAACAAAAUCCUUGCGUACCGUCACCAUGUGGUCCAUAUUCCAUGUGUCAAGUAAUUCAAAACCAAGCUUCUUGUUCAUGUUUGAUCAAUUAUAUUGGAUAUCCACCAAAUUGUAGACCUGAAUGCACAGUAAAUAGUGACUGCUUCAUGAAUCUUGCAUGCCAAAACAAACGCUGUAUAGAUCCUUGCCCAGGGUCAUGUGGUUUGCAUGCUAUUUGUAAUGUUAUUGCACACAUACCAAUUUGCACAUGUAAAACUGGAUACACUGGGGAUCCAUUUAAAGGAUGCGUACAAGAAAUAUUGCGCCCUAUUGAAAUUCCACAAGACCCUUGUAAUCCUUCACCGUGUGGGUCAAACUCUAUAUGUAAACAAAGAAACGGAGCGGGUUCAUGCUCUUGUUUACCUGAAUACUAUGGUGAUCCAUAUGUUGGUUGCCGUCCAGAAUGUGUUGUUAAUUCGGACUGUUCAAGAGACAGAUCAUGCAUCAAUAAUAAAUGUGUAAACCCAUGUCCAGGAACCUGUGGGUUAAAUGCCGAAUGUUAUAUAAGCAAUCAUGCUCCUAUAUGUUCAUGUAUACCAGGUUAUUCUGGAAAUCCAGCUAUUGCAUGUCAUCCUCCACCACCUAUUCAACAAAUUCCAAUAAAUCCAUGUCAACCAUCACCAUGUGGACCAAAUAGUAAUUGUCGAGUUGUAAACGGACAUGGAGUCUGUUCAUGUAAGCCUGGAUACUUAGGUACACCUCCAGUAUGUCGACCUGAAUGUAUGGUCAGCACAGAUUGUUCUCAGGAUAAAACUUGUAUUAAUCAAAAAUGUGUAGACCCAUGUCCAGGAACUUGUGGCUUAAAUGCUCGUUGUCAAAUUGUUAAUCAUAAUCCAAUCUGUAGUUGCCAAAAUGGAUAUACAGGAGAUCCAUUCAUUCAAUGUUAUUUAGAACCAAAACGACCUGUUCCUGAUAUUGAAAAUAAAAACCCUUGUUUACCUUCACCAUGUGGUCCAAAUUCACAAUGCCGUGUUAUUGGCAAUUCGCCUGCAUGUUCUUGUCUCCCAAAUUAUAUAGGACGAGCACCAAAUUGUAGACCCGAAUGUAUUAUAAACGAAGAAUGUCCUAGUAAUUUAGCAUGUCAACAUGAAAAAUGUGUCGACCCAUGUCCUGGAUCGUGUGGUAUUUUUGCUGUUUGCGUUGUUAUAAAACACAAACCAUUAUGUACAUGUCAGUCGGGUUAUACCGGAGACCCAUUUACGAAAUGUUCAUUAAUUCAAAUCGAGGCACCCAUUGAUCCAUGUUCUCCAUCACCAUGUGGAGCUAAUGCAAUCUGUAGAGAACGUAAUGGAGCUGGAUCAUGUACUUGUAUUUCUGAACAUUAUGGUGAUCCUUAUACGGGUUGUCGCCCAGAAUGCGUAGUUAAUAGCGAUUGUGAUCGGGAAAGAGCAUGUGUAAAUCAUAAAUGUACAAAUCCAUGUCCUGGUACUUGUGGAAUCAACGCUGAAUGCAGAGUCAUUAAUCAUGCUCCAUCAUGCUCCUGUUUAUUAGGAUAUACAGGAAAUCCAAUUUCUGCUUGUCAACUUAUACCUCCUAUUGAACAAAUUCCAAUAGACCCAUGCCAACCAUCACCAUGUGGCGCAAAUAGUAUUUGUCGGGUUGUAAAUGAGCACGGCGUUUGCUCAUGUAAAGUGGGUUAUAUAGGGGUACCUCCAAAUUGUCGACCAGAAUGUAUGGUUAGCACAGAUUGUGCACAAGAUAAAACUUGUAUUAAUCAAAAAUGUCGCGAUCCAUGUCCGGGUACAUGUGGUUUAAAUGCUCGAUGUCAAGUUGUCAAUCAUAAUCCAAUUUGUAGCUGCCAAACUGGAUAUACUGGUGAUCCAUUCAAUCGUUGCAUUAAACAAGAACAACCUGUAAUUGAAGAACGGCCUAAUUUAAAUCCUUGUGUUCCGUCACCAUGCGGACCUAAUUCACAAUGUCGUGACGUCGGCGGUAUUGCAGCAUGUUCUUGUUUGAAUAAUUAUAUUGGCAAGGCUCCCAAUUGUAGACCUGAAUGUACAAUUAAUGAAGAAUGUCCAAAUAAUUUGGCCUGCCAAAAUGAAAGAUGUAAAGAUCCAUGUCCAGGCUCUUGUGGACAAUUUGCUACUUGUGUAGUUGUAAAACAUUCUCCGGUGUGUUCUUGUGAAAUAGGCUAUACUGGAGAUCCGUUUUCUGGUUGUAUUCAAAUAAUACAAAAUUAUCCUGUAGAACAUUUAAAUCCAUGUAAUCCUUCACCAUGUGGCGCUAAUGCAUUAUGUAAAGAGAAAAAUGGUGCUGGCAGUUGCACAUGUCUACCAGAAUAUUUUGGAGAUCCGUAUACUGGAUGCCGACCAGAAUGUGUAACAAACACUGACUGUAGUAGAGAUAAAGCCUGUGUUAAUAACAAAUGUCGAGAUCCCUGUCCAGGAAUUUGUGGCAUUAAUGCUGAAUGUAGAGUUAAUAACCAUGCGCCAUCUUGUAUUUGUUUACUAGGAUAUACAGGAAAUCCUACUUCUGCAUGUUCAAUUAUACCUAUCACUCCAACGCCACCAAUUGAUCCAUGUCAACCAUCGCCAUGUGGCCCUAAUAGUCUAUGUCGGGUAGUUAAUGAUCAUGGAGUAUGCUCUUGUAAAAGUGGUUAUAUUGGAUCACCGCCAAAUUGUCGGCCAGAAUGUAUGGUCAGUACAGACUGUGCACAAGACAAAGCAUGUAUCAAUCAAAAAUGUCAAGAUCCAUGUCCUGGUACUUGUGGCCUGAAUGCACGUUGUCAAAUCAUAAAUCAUAAUCCAAUAUGUAGUUGUAUCGCUGGUUUUACUGGCGAUCCAUUUAUUCGUUGCAUUAAACAAGAAAUACCACCUUCAUCAGAUCAAAAAGAAAAUCAAAAUCCUUGCAUUCCAUCACCAUGUGGUCCGAAUUCUCAAUGUCGUGUAGUAGGCAAAAACCCAGCCUGCUCUUGUCUUCCUAAUUACAUAGGGCGUGCACCAAAUUGUCGACCUGAAUGUACUAUAAAUGAAGAAUGUGCAGGAAAUUUAGCUUGUAUAAAUGAAAGAUGUAAAGAUCCUUGUCCAGGUUCUUGUGGUGUAAAUGCUUUUUGUAUUGUUGUUAAACAUAACCCUAUAUGUCAAUGUAAUUCAGGAUUUACAGGAGAUCCAUUUAAUGGAUGUAGCAUUCAGCAACAAUUACCUUCACCAACUGAGGGACCUAUAGAUCCAUGUAAUCCCUCACCUUGUGGAGCUAAUGCUAUAUGUAAAGAACGAAAUGGAGCUGGUUCUUGUGCAUGUUUAACCGAAUACUUUGGAGACCCAUACACAGGUUGUCGACCAGAAUGUGUAAUUAAUUCCGAUUGUGAUCGUAAUAAGGCAUGUGUAAAUAAUAAGUGUAAAGACCCAUGUCCGGGCACUUGUGGACUGAAUGCAGAAUGCCGCGUUGUUAAUCAUUCACCAAGUUGUAGUUGUAUAGAAGGGUAUUCUGGUGAUCCACUUUCUCUCUGCACUCUUGUUCAACCUGUAAUUGAAGAACCAACCAAUCCUUGUUCACCUUCACCAUGUGGGCCAAAUAGCCAAUGUCGUGAAGUGAACAACCAUGCAGUUUGUUCAUGUCAAGUGGGAUAUAUUGGUACCCCACCUAUGUGUCGACCAGAGUGUGUAGUCAGUUCUGAAUGCACUCAAGACAAAGCCUGUAUAAACCAAAAGUGUAAUGAUCCUUGCCCCGGAACUUGUGGUAUUAAUGCACGAUGUCAAGUAGUAAAUCAUAAUCCUAUAUGUAGUUGCACUUCUGGUUAUACUGGAGAUCCUUUUAUUCGUUGCUCUAAAGAAGAUCCUUGUGUACCAACUCCUUGUGGGCCUAAUUCACAAUGCCGAGCUAUUGGGUCUCAACCUGCAUGUUCAUGUUUGUCAAAUUAUAUUGGUGCUCCACCAAAUUGUAGACCUGAGUGUACUUUGAAUGCAGAAUGUUCCAAUAAUUUAGCAUGCCAAAAUGAAAGGUGCAUUGAUCCUUGCCCAGGUUCAUGUGGAAUCAAUGCACAAUGUGUAGUAAUUAAUCACAAUGUUGUUUGUACUUGCAUACAAGGAUUCAUUGGUGAUCCUUUAUCGCAAUGUAAUCUAGCUCCUAUAGCAACAACGGAACGGUCUCCCGCUACUCCAUGUGUCCCAUCACCUUGUGGACCAAACGCAGAAUGCAGAGAACGAAAUGGUGCUGGAGCAUGUGUAUGUUCUCCAGGGUUCUUUGGAGAUCCUUAUGAUAGCAAUCAAGGUUGUCGUCGUGAAUGCGAAGAAAAUAAAGAUUGCAAUGCUCUAUUAGCUUGUAUUGGCUAUAAGUGUAUCGAUCCAUGUGCAGGAACAUGUGGAACAUAUGCAUUAUGUAGUGUAGAAAAUCAUAUUCCAAUAUGCUCAUGUCCAACAGGUUUUACUGGAGAUCCAUUUGUUCAAUGUAGAGAAAUACCUGUUACAGAACCACCAAGGCAGCCAAUUAAUCCAUGUGAUCCAUCGCCGUGUGGACCAAAUAGCAAAUGCCGAGUAUUAAACGAACAAGCAAUUUGUUCAUGCAAAGAAAAUUAUAUAGGUACUCCACCACAAUGUCGACCUGAAUGUGUUGUCAGCACAGAGUGUAGCUCGAACAAGGCUUGUAUAAAUCAAAAAUGUAACGAUCCAUGUCCAAAUACCUGCGGAAUUGGAGCUCAAUGCAGUGUACGAAAUCACAAUCCAAUAUGUGCUUGCAUGGCAGGUUAUACAGGAGAUCCUUUCGUACGUUGCUCACAAAUACCUGAAAUACCCACAAGCACAGAACGUGCACCAUCAUGCUCACCAUCACCGUGUGGACCUAACUCUCAAUGUCAAAUGAUUGGAGGAAAUCCGGCAUGUACAUGUCUAGUCGAUUACAUUGGAACCCCUCCAAAUUGUAGACCUGAAUGUACAUUGAGUUCAGAAUGUUCAAGCCAACAAGCAUGUAUUAGAUUGAAAUGUAGAGAUCCUUGUCCUGGUUCUUGUGGUUAUAACGCAAAUUGUCAUGUAUUAAACCAUAUACCAGUUUGUACUUGUAAUGAAGGAUAUACUGGAGAUCCAUUUACUCAAUGUAGCGCUAUUCCACCAAGUACACAGGCACCAGUAUACACAGAUCCUUGUGAUCCAUCGCCUUGCGGCUCAAACGCUGUUUGUAAUAAUGGAGUAUGUACAUGCUUACCAGAAUAUAAUGGAAAUCCUUAUGAAUCAUGUCGUCCAGAAUGUGUUGUAAAUCCAGAAUGCUCACGUGACAAGGCGUGUUUACGUAAUAAAUGUUUAGAUCCUUGUCCUGGAACAUGCGGUCAAAAUGCAGAAUGUGAUGUCAUCAAUCAUAUUCCAGUAUGCUCCUGUCCAAAGGGCUAUACCGGUGAUCCAUUUACACUUUGUAGGGUAAUUGAACAAAUUCCACAGAGUAAACGUGAUCCAUGUAAUCCUUCCCCAUGUGGACCAAAUAGUCAAUGUAGAAGUGUUGACGAUCAUGCAGUAUGUUCAUGUGUAGAUGGAUUUUUGGGAGUUCCACCUUCAUGCAAACCUGAAUGCAUCGUUAGCAGCGAGUGCUUACCUACACAAGCUUGUGUUAAUAAGAAAUGUAUUGAUCCAUGCGCUGGAUCAUGUGGUUUCGGAGCAAGAUGUGAAGUAAUCAAUCAUAGUCCAAUUUGUAGUUGCUCAGAAGGACAAACAGGAGAUCCAUUCCAAAGUUGCUACGAUGUACCAAUUACGCCACCACCACCGAAACACGAACCUCAAGAUCCAUGUGUACCAUCCCCGUGUGGCCCGAACUCGAUAUGCCGGAAUAUAGGAGAUAGUCCAUCUUGUAGAUGUUUGGAAAGUUACAUAGGUGAACCACCAAAUUGUAGACCUGAGUGUGUUAUUAAUCCUGACUGCCCUAGUAAUCAAGCUUGCAUAAACAAUAAAUGUCGAGACCCAUGUCCAGGUUCCUGUGGUGCAAAUGCAGAAUGUAAGGUCAUUAGCCAUGCAGUUAUAUGUACGUGCCCAACAGGCUAUAAUGGCGAUCCAUUCACACAAUGUAUCAUACAACCACAAAUUCCACCUAAUCCUUGUGAACCAUCUCCAUGUGGGGCUAACGCAGAAUGCAAACAAAGAAAUGGAGCCGGAUCAUGCUCUUGCAUUGAUGAGUAUGUAGGAAAUCCUUACGAAGGUUGUAGACCAGAAUGUGUUUUAAGUUCAGAUUGCCCAACACACCAAGCGUGUAUAAGAAAUAAAUGCCAAGACCCAUGUCCUGGAGUAUGCGGUAGCCAAGCACAGUGUCAAGUUGUUAAUCACAUUCCAACUUGCACAUGUUUAUCUGGAUAUGAAGGAAAUCCAUUCAUUGAAUGUCAUAUUCGACCACCAAUUCAAGUAACAGAAGCUACAGUUGCAGAUCCAUGCAGUCCUUCGCCUUGUGGUCCAAACAGUAUUUGUCAAACUGUAAACGAUCAAGCAGUUUGUACAUGCCAAAGAGAAUAUACAGGAUCUCCUCCAAAUUGUAGACCAGAAUGUGUUAUAAAUGAUGAAUGUCCUAAAAAUAGAGCAUGCCAUAAAUUUAAAUGUAGAAAUCCAUGUUCUGGAACUUGCGGAAUAGAAGCACGAUGUGAGGUUAUAAAUCACAAUCCAAUAUGUAGCUGUCCUCAAGGAACAACGGGUGAUCCAUUUAUCCGUUGUUACGAAAUGGUAGUAGAAAAACCAAAACCUCAGCAACCUAUUAAUCCAUGUAUUCCUUCACCAUGUGGACAAAAUUCUGAAUGUCGUGUAAUUGGAAACCAGGCGUCUUGCUCAUGUCGCCCCAAUUAUAUUGGAUCACCACCAUCUUGCCGACCAGAAUGCGUUGUUAACACAGACUGUUCACCCACGCAAGCAUGUAUAAAUGAAAAGUGUAAGGAUCCAUGUGUGGGAUCUUGUGGAUUCAACACAGAAUGUAGAGUCCAAAAUCAUAUACCGAUUUGUUCAUGUGUAGAAGGAUUUGAAGGUGAUCCAUUUGCGCAAUGCUCUAAGAAACAAGAACCAAUCCGCCCACCAACACAUCAAGAUCCUUGUUCACCGUCGCCUUGUGGUUCAAAUGCUUUAUGCGAUAAUGGUGCAUGUUCUUGUCAACCAAACUAUUUCGGCGAUCCAUAUAGAGGAUGUAGACCCGAAUGUGUUACCAAUAGUGAAUGUUCUCCAAAUAAAUCUUGUAUUAACUUGCGGUGUGUUGAUCCUUGUAUUGGAACUUGUGGCCAAGCAGCCCUAUGCAAUGUUAACAAUCAUAUUCCAACUUGUAGUUGCCCACCAGGCACAUCUGGCGAUCCAUUCACGGCAUGUAGACCAUUCAAAAUAGAAACACCGAAAGAUCCAUGCAGCCCAUCACCUUGCGGACCAAACAGUAUAUGUCGAAUUACAAAUGGAAUUGCAGUUUGUUCUUGUCAAACUGGAUUCAUUGGUAGCGCACCGACGUGUAGAGCAGAAUGUAUAGUCAGUGCUGAUUGCCCAAUGACAUUAGCUUGCUUGGGAAAUAAAUGCAAAGACCCAUGUCCUGGAACUUGUGGACCAAAUGCAAAAUGUCGUGUUGUAAACCACAAUCCCAUUUGCAGUUGUUCCAAUGGAUAUACUGGUGAUCCAUUUACAAGAUGCUAUGAAAUACCAAAACAACAAACACCACCCACAAAUGUGAAUCCUUGUGUACCUUCACCUUGUGGACCAAAUUCACAAUGUCAAGUUAGAGGUGAAAGUCCGGCUUGUACAUGUUUAUCGAAUUACAUUGGUGUUCCACCAAAUUGUAGACCAGAGUGUACUAUAAAUCCAGAGUGUAAUAGUAAUCUCGCGUGUAUGAACCAAAAGUGUGCCGAUCCAUGUCCAGGUUCUUGUGGCCCUAAUGCCCAGUGUGUUGUAGUGAAUCAUAAUGCAGUGUGUUCUUGUGUUGUGGGUUAUUCUGGCGAUCCAUUUAGUGGAUGCCGCAAAACGAAUUCUCCAGUUAUACAAGAGAGACCAACGCCUUGUGUACCUUCUCCAUGUGGAGCAAAUGCUAUAUGCCGUGAACAAAAUGGCGCCGGAUCUUGUACUUGUAUGGCAGACCAUAUUGGCAACCCGUAUGAGGGUUGUAGGCCAGAAUGCGUCCUUAAUUCAGAUUGUCCAUCAAAUCGUGCAUGUAUCAGACAAAAAUGCCAAGAUCCUUGUCCAGGAACAUGUGGACAAAAUGCAGAUUGCCAAGUAGUCAAUCAUUUACCAUCAUGUACAUGUCGUCAAGGAUAUACGGGAGAUCCUUUCCGUUAUUGCAAUAUUCAACCACCACAAUCUAUUGAACCAGAGCGUGGUAAUCCAUGUGUACCAACGCCGUGUGGACCCAAUAGUCAAUGUAGAGAAAUUAAUAACCAAGCAGUAUGCUCAUGUUUACCAACAUUUAUUGGCUCACCACCAGGAUGUCGACCUGAAUGUACUGUCAGUGCGGAAUGUCCCUUAAGUCAAGCUUGUAUGAAUCAAAAAUGUGUUGACCCAUGUCCAGGCCCUUGCGGUUUGAAUGCACAAUGCCAUGUUAUAAAUCACAGUCCAAUAUGCUCAUGUAAAUCAGGCCAUACUGGUGAUGCAUUCAGCAGAUGUUUCCCAAUACCACCACCGUCUCCACCUCCGGCUGCACCAAUAUACACAAAUCCAUGUUUGCCAUCGCCAUGCGGUCCAUAUUCUGAGUGUCGUGAUAUCGGUGGCACACCGUCAUGCUCUUGUUUAAGCAAUUAUAUUGGAAGUCCACCAAAUUGUCGUCCAGAGUGCACAAUAAAUCCUGAAUGUGCAAGUAAUCAAGCAUGUAUUCGUGAAAAAUGUCGUGACCCAUGCCCUGGAUCUUGUGGUGCAAAUGCUCAAUGCAGUGUUAUUAAUCAUACACCUGUUUGUACAUGCCCUGAAGGAUAUACUGGUGAUCCAUUCAGUAAUUGUUAUCCGAAACCGCCACCUCCACCUGAAGCAAUUGAGGUAGACCCUUGCAAUCCAUCACCUUGCGGUGCAAAUGCACAAUGUGAUAAUGGUGUUUGUACAUGCUUACCGGAAUAUCAAGGUGAUCCAUAUUCUGGAUGUAGACCUGAAUGUGUUCUUAGUUCGGAUUGCCCACGUGAUAAAGCUUGUAUACGAAAUAAAUGUACAAAUCCAUGCCCUGGCACUUGUGGACAAAAUGCACUAUGUGAUGUGGUUAAUCAUAUUCCAAUGUGCAGUUGCCCACCAGGUCAAACGGGCAAUGCAUUUGUACAAUGUCGACCAGUACCUGGUACGUCACCCGAAAUAAAACACCCUUGUAAUCCAAGUCCAUGUGGACCAAACAGUCAAUGUCGCGAAAUUAAUGGACAAGCUGUUUGUUCUUGUGUACCGGGAUAUAUUGGUAGUCCACCAACAUGUCGACCAGAGUGCGUUGUUAGUUCUGAAUGUGCUGCUAAUGAGGCAUGUAGCAAUCAAAAAUGUCGCGAUCCAUGUCCUGGUACAUGUGGCAUUGGUGCUAGAUGCGAAGUUGUAUAUCACAAUCCAAUUUGUAGUUGCCCACCAAGAUAUACUGGGGAUCCAUUUAUACGAUGCUCGCCAAUACCACCCGUGGAAAUACCAACAAACCCAUGCCAGCCAUCACCAUGUGGUCCUAAUGCUCAGUGUCAAGUUUCUGGUGAUUCGCCAUCUUGCUCAUGCCUACCAGAAUUUAUUGGUGCACCACCAAAUUGUAGACCGGAAUGUGUCAGUAACGGAGAAUGUUCUAGUCAAUUAGCAUGUAUUAAUCAAAAAUGUCGAGACCCAUGCCCCGGCUCUUGUGGUGCAAAUGCUGAAUGUCGUGUAGUUAGUCAUACACCAAAUUGUAUUUGUUUACCUGGCUAUUAUGGGGACCCAUUCACUGUUUGUAAUGUUCAAGAAAUACAAUCAUUGCCACAAGAAAGACCAACACCUUGUGUACCUUCUCCAUGUGGAGCAAAUGCUAUAUGCCGUGAACAAAAUGGCGCCGGAUCUUGUACUUGUAUGGCAGACCAUAUUGGCAACCCGUAUGAGGGUUGUAGGCCAGAAUGCGUCCUUAAUUCAGAUUGUCCAUCAAAUCGUGCAUGUAUCAGACAAAAAUGUCAAGAUCCUUGUCCAGGAACAUGUGGACAAAAUGCAGAUUGCCAAGUAGUCAAUCAUUUACCAUCAUGUACAUGUCGUCAAGGAUAUACGGGAGAUCCUUUCCGUUAUUGCAAUAUUCAACCACCACAAUCUAUUGAACCAGAGCGUGGUAAUCCAUGUGUACCAACGCCGUGUGGACCCAAUAGUCAAUGUAGAGAAAUUAAUAACCAAGCAGUAUGCUCAUGUUUACCAACAUUUAUUGGCUCACCACCAGGAUGUCGACCUGAAUGUACUGUCAGUGCGGAAUGUCCCUUAAGUCAAGCUUGUAUGAAUCAAAAAUGUGUUGACCCAUGUCCAGGCCCUUGCGGUUUGAAUGCACAAUGCCAUGUUAUAAAUCACAGUCCAAUAUGCUCAUGUAAAUCAGGCCAUACUGGUGAUGCAUUCAGCAGAUGUUUCCCAAUACCACCACCGUCUCCACCUCCGGCUGCACCAAUAUACACAAAUCCAUGUUUGCCAUCGCCAUGCGGUCCAUAUUCUGAGUGUCGUGAUAUCGGUGGCACACCGUCAUGCUCUUGUUUAAGCAAUUAUAUUGGAAGUCCACCAAAUUGUCGUCCAGAGUGCACAAUAAAUCCUGAAUGUGCAAGUAAUCAAGCAUGUAUUCGUGAAAAAUGUCGUGACCCAUGCCCUGGAUCUUGUGGUGCAAAUGCUCAAUGCAGUGUUAUUAAUCAUACACCUGUUUGUACAUGCCCUGAAGGAUAUACUGGUGAUCCAUUCAGUAAUUGUUAUCCGAAACCGCCACCUCCACCCGAAGCAAUUGAGGUAGACCCUUGCAAUCCAUCACCUUGCGGUGCAAAUGCACAAUGUGAUAAUGGUGUUUGUACAUGCUUACCGGAAUAUCAAGGUGAUCCAUAUUCUGGAUGUAGACCUGAAUGUGUUCUUAGUUCGGAUUGCCCACGUGAUAAAGCUUGUAUACGAAAUAAAUGUACAAAUCCAUGCCCUGGCACUUGUGGACAAAAUGCACUAUGUGAUGUGGUUAAUCAUAUUCCAAUGUGCAGUUGCCCACCAGGUCAAACGGGCAAUGCAUUUGUACAAUGUCGACCAGUACCUGCACCCGAAAUAAAACACCCUUGUAAUCCAAGUCCAUGUGGACCAAACAGUCAAUGUCGCGAAAUUAAUGGACAAGCUGUUUGUUCUUGUGUACCGGGAUAUAUUGGUAGUCCACCAACAUGUCGACCAGAGUGCGUUGUUAGUUCUGAAUGUGCUGCUAAUGAGGCAUGUAGCAAUCAAAAAUGUCGCGAUCCAUGUCCUGGUACAUGUGGCAUUGGUGCUAGAUGCGAAGUUGUAUAUCACAAUCCAAUUUGUAGUUGCCCACCAAGAUAUACUGGGGAUCCAUUUAUACGAUGCUCGCCAAUACCACCCGUGGAAAUACCAACAAACCCAUGCCAGCCAUCACCAUGUGGUCCUAAUGCUCAGUGUCAAGUUUCUGGUGAUUCGCCAUCUUGCUCAUGCCUACCAGAAUUUAUUGGUGCACCACCAAAUUGUAGACCGGAAUGUGUCAGUAACGGAGAAUGUUCUAGUCAAUUAGCAUGUAUUAAUCAAAAAUGUCGAGACCCAUGCCCCGGCUCUUGUGGUGCAAAUGCUGAAUGUCGUGUAGUUAGUCAUACACCAAAUUGUAUUUGUUUACCUGGCUAUUAUGGGGACCCAUUCACUGUUUGUAAUGUUCAAGAAAUACAAUCAUUGCCACAAGAAAGACCAACACCUUGUGUACCUUCUCCAUGUGGAGCAAAUGCUAUAUGCCGUGAACAAAAUGGCGCCGGAUCUUGUACUUGUAUGGCAGACCAUAUUGGCAACCCGUAUGAGGGUUGUAGGCCAGAAUGCGUCCUUAAUUCAGAUUGUCCAUCAAAUCGUGCAUGUAUCAGACAAAAAUGUCAAGAUCCUUGUCCAGGAACAUGUGGACAAAAUGCAGAUUGCCAAGUAGUCAAUCAUUUACCAUCAUGUACAUGUCGUCAAGGAUAUACGGGAGAUCCUUUCCGUUAUUGCAAUAUUCAACCACCACAAUCUAUUGAACCAGAGCGUGGUAAUCCAUGUGUACCAACGCCGUGUGGACCCAAUAGUCAAUGUAGAGAAAUUAAUAACCAAGCAGUAUGCUCAUGUUUACCAACAUUUAUUGGCUCACCACCAGGAUGUCGACCUGAAUGUACUGUCAGUGCGGAAUGUCCCUUAAGUCAAGCUUGUAUGAAUCAAAAAUGUGUUGACCCAUGUCCAGGCCCUUGCGGUUUGAAUGCACAAUGCCAUGUUAUAAAUCACAGUCCAAUAUGCUCAUGUAAAUCAGGCCAUACUGGUGAUGCAUUCAGCAGAUGUUUCCCAAUACCACCACCGUCUCCACCUCCGGCUGCACCAAUAUACACAAAUCCAUGUUUGCCAUCGCCAUGCGGUCCAUAUUCUGAGUGUCGUGAUAUCGGUGGCACACCGUCAUGCUCUUGUUUAAGCAAUUAUAUUGGAAGUCCACCAAAUUGUCGUCCAGAGUGCACAAUAAAUCCUGAAUGUGCAAGUAAUCAAGCAUGUAUUCGUGAAAAAUGUCGUGACCCAUGCCCUGGAUCUUGUGGUGCAAAUGCUCAAUGCAGUGUUAUUAAUCAUACACCUGUUUGUACAUGCCCUGAAGGAUAUACUGGUGAUCCAUUCAGUAAUUGUUAUCCGAAACCGCCACCUCCACGUAAGAUUGAAAUAUAAUAAAUAACUUUGCCUCUAGUAGACCCUUGCAAUCCAUCACCUUGCGGUGCAAAUGCACAAUGUGAUAAUGGUGUUUGUACAUGCUUACCGGAAUAUCAAGGUGAUCCAUAUUCUGGAUGUAGACCUGAAUGUGUUCUUAGUUCGGAUUGCCCACGUGAUAAAGCUUGUAUACGAAAUAAAUGUACAAAUCCAUGCCCUGGCACUUGUGGACAAAAUGCACUAUGUGAUGUGGUUAAUCAUAUUCCAAUGUGCAGUUGCCCACCAGGUCAAACGGGCAAUGCAUUUGUACAAUGUCGACCAGUACCUGCACCCGAAAUAAAACACCCUUGUAAUCCAAGUCCAUGUGGACCAAACAGUCAAUGUCGCGAAAUUAAUGGACAAGCUGUUUGUUCUUGUGUACCGGGAUAUAUUGGUAGUCCACCAACAUGUCGACCAGAGUGCGUUGUUAGUUCUGAAUGUGCUGCUAAUGAGGCAUGUAGCAAUCAAAAAUGUCGCGAUCCAUGUCCUGGUACAUGUGGCAUUGGUGCUAGAUGCGAAGUUGUAUAUCACAAUCCAAUUUGUAGUUGCCCACCAAGAUAUACUGGGGAUCCAUUUAUACGAUGCUCGCCAAUACCACCCGUGGAAAUACCAACAAACCCAUGCCAGCCAUCACCAUGUGGUCCUAAUGCUCAGUGUCAAGUUUCUGGUGAUUCGCCAUCUUGCUCAUGCCUACCAGAAUUUAUUGGUGCACCACCAAAUUGUAGACCGGAAUGUGUCAGUAACGGAGAAUGUUCUAGUCAAUUAGCAUGUAUUAAUCAAAAAUGUCGAGACCCAUGCCCCGGCUCUUGUGGUGCAAAUGCUGAAUGUCGUGUAGUUAGUCAUACACCAAAUUGUAUUUGUUUACCUGGCUAUUAUGGGGACCCAUUCACUGUUUGUAAUGUUCAAGAAAUACAAUCAUUGCCACAAGAAAGACCAACACCUUGUGUACCUUCUCCAUGUGGAGCAAAUGCUAUAUGCCGUGAACAAAAUGGCGCCGGAUCUUGUACUUGUAUGGCAGACCAUAUUGGCAACCCGUAUGAGGGUUGUAGGCCAGAAUGCGUCCUUAAUUCAGAUUGUCCAUCAAAUCGUGCAUGUAUCAGACAAAAAUGUCAAGAUCCUUGUCCAGGAACAUGUGGACAAAAUGCAGAUUGCCAAGUAGUCAAUCAUUUACCAUCAUGUACAUGUCGUCAAGGAUAUACGGGAGAUCCUUUCCGUUAUUGCAAUAUUCAACCACCACAAUAGCGUGGUAAUCCAUGUGUACCAACGCCGUGUGGACCCAAUAGUCAAUGUAGAGAAAUUAAUAACCAAGCAGUAUGCUCAUGUUUACCAACAUUUAUUGGCUCACCACCAGGAUGUCGACCUGAAUGUACUGUCAGUGCGGAAUGUCCCUUAAGUCAAGCUUGUAUGAAUCAAAAAUGUGUUGACCCAUGUCCAGGCCCUUGCGGUUUGAAUGCACAAUGCCAUGUUAUAAAUCACAGUCCAAUAUGCUCAUGUAAAUCAGGCCAUACUGGUGAUGCAUUCAGCAGAUGUUUCCCAAUACCACCACCGUCUCCACCUCCGGCUGCACCAAUAUACACAAAUCCAUGUUUGCCAUCGCCAUGCGGUCCAUAUUCUGAGUGUCGUGAUAUCGGUGGCACACCGUCAUGCUCUUGUUUAAGCAAUUAUAUUGGAAGUCCACCAAAUUGUCGUCCAGAGUGCACAAUAAAUCCUGAAUGUGCAAGUAAUCAAGCAUGUAUUCGUGAAAAAUGUCGUGACCCAUGCCCUGGAUCUUGUGGUGCAAAUGCUCAAUGCAGUGUUAUUAAUCAUACACCUGUUUGUACAUGCCCUGAAGGAUAUACUGGUGAUCCAUUCAGUAAUUGUUAUCCGAAACCGCCACCUCCACCUGAAGCAAUUGAGGUAGACCCUUGCAAUCCAUCACCUUGCGGUGCAAAUGCACAAUGUGAUAAUGGUGUUUGUACAUGCUUACCGGAAUAUCAAGGUGAUCCAUAUUCUGGAUGUAGACCUGAAUGUGUUCUUAGUUCGGAUUGCCCACGUGAUAAAGCUUGUAUACGAAAUAAAUGUACAAAUCCAUGCCCUGGCACUUGUGGACAAAAUGCACUAUGUGAUGUGGUUAAUCAUAUUCCAAUGUGCAGUUGCCCACCAGGUCAAACGGGCAAUGCAUUUGUACAAUGUCGACCAGUACCUGCACCCGAAAUAAAACACCCUUGCAAUCCAAGUCCAUGUGGACCAAACAGUCAAUGUCGCGAAAUUAAUGGACAAGCUGUUUGUUCUUGUGUACCGGGAUAUAUUGGUAGUCCACCAACAUGUCGACCAGAGUGCGUUGUUAGUUCUGAAUGUGCUGCUAAUGAGGCAUGUAGCAAUCAAAAAUGUCGCGAUCCAUGUCCUGGUACAUGUGGCAUUGGUGCUAGAUGCGAAGUUGUAUAUCACAAUCCAAUUUGUAGUUGCCCACCAAGAUAUACUGGGGAUCCAUUUAUACGAUGCUCGCCAAUACCACCCGUGGAAAUACCAACAAACCCAUGCCAGCCAUCACCAUGUGGUCCUAAUGCUCAGUGUCAAGUUUCUGGUGAUUCGCCAUCUUGCUCAUGCCUACCAGAAUUUAUUGGUGCACCACCAAAUUGUAGACCGGAAUGUGUCAGUAACGGAGAAUGUUCUAGUCAAUUAGCAUGUAUUAAUCAAAAAUGUCGAGACCCAUGCCCCGGCUCUUGUGGUGCAAAUGCUGAAUGUCGUGUAGUUAGUCAUACACCAAAUUGUAUUUGUUUACCUGGCUAUUAUGGGGACCCAUUCACUGUUUGUAAUGUUCAAGAAAUACAAUCAUUGCCACAAGAAAGACCAACACCUUGUGUACCUUCUCCAUGUGGAGCAAAUGCUAUAUGCCGUGAACAAAAUGGCGCCGGAUCUUGUACUUGUAUGGCAGACCAUAUUGGCAACCCGUAUGAGGGUUGUAGGCCAGAAUGCGUCCUUAAUUCAGAUUGUCCAUCAAAUCGUGCAUGUAUCAGACAAAAAUGUCAAGAUCCUUGUCCAGGAACAUGUGGACAAAAUGCAGAUUGCCAAGUAGUCAAUCAUUUACCAUCAUGUACAUGUCGUCAAGGAUAUACGGGAGAUCCUUUCCGUUAUUGCAAUAUUCAACCACCACAAUCUAUUGAACCAGAGCGUGGUAAUCCAUGUGUACCAACGCCGUGUGGACCCAAUAGUCAAUGUAGAGAAAUUAAUAACCAAGCAGUAUGCUCAUGUUUACCAACAUUUAUUGGCUCACCACCAGGAUGUCGACCUGAAUGUACUGUCAGUGCGGAAUGUCCCUUAAGUCAAGCUUGUAUGAAUCAAAAAUGUGUUGACCCAUGUCCAGGCCCUUGCGGUUUGAAUGCACAAUGCCAUGUUAUAAAUCACAGUCCAAUAUGCUCAUGUAAAUCAGGCCAUACUGGUGAUGCAUUCAGCAGAUGUUUCCCAAUACCACCACCGUCUCCACCUCCGGCUGCACCAAUAUACACAAAUCCAUGUUUGCCAUCGCCAUGCGGUCCAUAUUCUGAGUGUCGUGAUAUCGGUGGCACACCGUCAUGCUCUUGUUUAAGCAAUUAUAUUGGAAGUCCUCCAAAUUGUCGUCCAGAGUGCACAAUAAAUCCUGAAUGUGCAAGUAAUCAAGCAUGUAUUCGUGAAAAAUGUCGUGACCCAUGCCCUGGAUCUUGUGGUGCAAAUGCUCAAUGCAGUGUUAUUAAUCAUACACCUGUUUGUACAUGCCCUGAAGGAUAUACUGGUGAUCCAUUCAGUAAUUGUUAUCCGAAACCGCCACCUCCACCUGAAGCAAUUGAGGUAGACCCUUGCAAUCCAUCACCUUGCGGUGCAAAUGCACAAUGUGAUAAUGGUGUUUGUACAUGCUUACCGGAAUAUCAAGGUGAUCCAUAUUCUGGAUGUAGACCUGAAUGUGUUCUUAGUUCGGAUUGCCCACGUGAUAAAGCUUGUAUACGAAAUAAAUGUACAAAUCCAUGCCCUGGCACUUGUGGACAAAAUGCACUAUGUGAUGUGGUUAAUCAUAUUCCAAUGUGCAGUUGCCCACCAGGUCAAACGGGCAAUGCAUUUGUACAAUGUCGACCAGUACCUGCACCCGAAAUAAAACACCCUUGCAAUCCAAGUCCAUGUGGACCAAACAGUCAAUGUCGCGAAAUUAAUGGACAAGCUGUUUGUUCUUGUGUACCGGGAUAUAUUGGUAGUCCACCAACAUGUCGACCAGAGUGCGUUGUUAGUUCUGAAUGUGCUGCUAAUGAGGCAUGUAGCAAUCAAAAAUGUCGCGAUCCAUGUCCUGGUACAUGUGGCAUUGGUGCUAGAUGCGAAGUUGUAUAUCACAAUCCAAUUUGUAGUUGCCCACCAAGAUAUACUGGGGAUCCAUUUAUACGAUGCUCGCCAAUACCUGAACAAGCACCCGUGGAAAUACCAACAAACCCAUGCCAGCCAUCACCAUGUGGUCCUAAUGCUCAGUGUCAAGUUUCUGGUGAUUCGCCAUCUUGCUCAUGCCUACCAGAAUUUAUUGGUGCACCACCAAAUUGUAGACCGGAAUGUGUCAGUAACGGAGAAUGUUCUAGUCAAUUAGCAUGUAUUAAUCAAAAAUGUCGAGACCCAUGCCCCGGCUCUUGUGGUGCAAAUGCUGAAUGUCGUGUAGUUAGUCAUACACCAAAUUGUAUUUGUUUACCUGGCUAUUAUGGGGACCCAUUCACUGUUUGUAAUGUUCAAGAAAUACAAUCAUUACCACAAGAAAGACCAACACCUUGUGUACCUUCUCCAUGUGGAGCAAAUGCUAUAUGCCGUGAACAAAAUGGCGCCGGAUCUUGUACUUGUAUGGCAGACCAUAUUGGCAACCCGUAUGAGGGUUGUAGGCCAGAAUGCGUCCUUAAUUCAGAUUGUCCAUCAAAUCGUGCAUGUAUCAGACAAAAAUGUCAAGAUCCUUGUCCAGGAACAUGUGGACAAAAUGCAGAUUGCCAAGUAGUCAAUCAUUUACCAUCAUGUACAUGUCGUCAAGGAUAUACGGGAGAUCCUUUCCGUUAUUGCAAUAUUCAACCACCACAAUGUAAGAACUAUUUCUUAAAUCUGAUACGUGGUAAUCCAUGUGUACCAACGCCGUGUGGACCCAAUAGUCAAUGUAGAGAAAUUAAUAACCAAGCAGUAUGCUCAUGUUUACCAACAUUUAUUGGCUCACCACCAGGAUGUCGACCUGAAUGUACUGUCAGUGCGGAAUGUCCCUUAAGUCAAGCUUGUAUGAAUCAAAAAUGUGUUGACCCAUGUCCAGGCCCUUGCGGUUUGAAUGCACAAUGCCAUGUUAUAAAUCACAGUCCAAUAUGCUCAUGUAAAUCAGGCCAUACUGGUGAUGCAUUCAGCAGAUGUUUCCCAAUACCACCACCGUCUCCACCUCCGGCUGCACCAAUAUACACAAAUCCAUGUUUGCCAUCGCCAUGCGGUCCAUAUUCUGAGUGUCGUGAUAUCGGUGGCACACCGUCAUGCUCUUGUUUAAGCAAUUAUAUUGGAAGUCCUCCAAAUUGUCGUCCAGAGUGCACAAUAAAUCCUGAAUGUGCAAGUAAUCAAGCAUGUAUUCGUGAAAAAUGUCGUGACCCAUGCCCUGGAUCUUGUGGUGCAAAUGCUCAAUGCAGUGUUAUUAAUCAUACACCUGUUUGUACAUGCCCUGAAGGAUAUACUGGUGAUCCAUUCAGUAAUUGUUAUCCGAAACCGCCACCUCCACCUGAAGCAAUUGAGGUAGACCCUUGCAAUCCAUCACCUUGCGGUGCAAAUGCACAAUGUGAUAAUGGUGUUUGUACAUGCUUACCGGAAUAUCAAGGUGAUCCAUAUUCUGGAUGUAGACCUGAAUGUGUUCUUAGUUCGGAUUGCCCACGUGAUAAAGCUUGUAUACGAAAUAAAUGUACAAAUCCAUGCCCUGGCACUUGUGGACAAAAUGCACUAUGUGAUGUGGUUAAUCAUAUUCCAAUGUGCAGUUGCCCACCAGGUCAAACGGGCAAUGCAUUUGUACAAUGUCGACCAGUACCUGGUACGUCACCCGAAAUAAAACACCCUUGCAAUCCAAGUCCAUGUGGACCAAACAGUCAAUGUCGCGAAAUUAAUGGACAAGCUGUUUGUUCUUGUGUACCGGGAUAUAUUGGUAGUCCACCAACAUGUCGACCAGAGUGCGUUGUUAGUUCUGAAUGUGCUGCUAAUGAGGCAUGUAGCAAUCAAAAAUGUCGCGAUCCAUGUCCUGGUACAUGUGGCAUUGGUGCUAGAUGCGAAGUUGUAUAUCACAAUCCAAUUUGUAGUUGCCCACCAAGAUAUACUGGGGAUCCAUUUAUACGAUGCUCGCCAAUACCUGAACAAGCACCCGUGGAAAUACCAACAAACCCAUGCCAGCCAUCACCAUGUGGUCCUAAUGCUCAGUGUCAAGUUUCUGGUGAUUCGCCAUCUUGCUCAUGCCUACCAGAAUUUAUUGGUGCACCACCAAAUUGUAGACCGGAAUGUGUCAGUAACGGAGAAUGUUCUAGUCAAUUAGCAUGUAUUAAUCAAAAAUGUCGAGACCCAUGCCCCGGCUCUUGUGGUGCAAAUGCUGAAUGUCGUGUAGUUAGUCAUACACCAAAUUGUAUUUGUUUACCUGGCUAUUAUGGGGACCCAUUCACUGUUUGUAAUGUUCAAGAAAUACAAUCAUUACCACAAGAAAGACCAACACCUUGUGUACCUUCUCCAUGUGGAGCAAAUGCUAUAUGCCGUGAACAAAAUGGCGCCGGAUCUUGUACUUGUAUGGCAGACCAUAUUGGCAACCCGUAUGAGGGUUGUAGGCCAGAAUGCGUCCUUAAUUCAGAUUGUCCAUCAAAUCGUGCAUGUAUCAGACAAAAAUGUCAAGAUCCUUGUCCAGGAACAUGUGGACAAAAUGCAGAUUGCCAAGUAGUCAAUCAUUUACCAUCAUGUACAUGUCGUCAAGGAUAUACGGGAGAUCCUUUCCGUUAUUGCAAUAUUCAACCACCACAAUCUAUUGAACCAGAGCGUGGUAAUCCAUGUGUACCAACGCCGUGUGGACCCAAUAGUCAAUGUAGAGAAAUUAAUAACCAAGCAGUAUGCUCAUGUUUACCAACAUUUAUUGGCUCACCACCAGGAUGUCGACCUGAAUGUACUGUCAGUGCGGAAUGUCCCUUAAGUCAAGCUUGUAUGAAUCAAAAAUGUGUUGACCCAUGUCCAGGCCCUUGCGGUUUGAAUGCACAAUGCCAUGUUAUAAAUCACAGUCCAAUAUGCUCAUGUAAAUCAGGCCAUACUGGUGAUGCAUUCAGCAGAUGUUUCCCAAUACCACCACCGUCUCCACCUCCGGCUGCACCAAUAUACACAAAUCCAUGUUUGCCAUCGCCAUGCGGUCCAUAUUCUGAGUGUCGUGAUAUCGGUGGCACACCGUCAUGCUCUUGUUUAAGCAAUUAUAUUGGAAGUCCACCAAAUUGUCGUCCAGAGUGCACAAUAAAUCCUGAAUGUGCAAGUAAUCAAGCAUGUAUUCGUGAAAAAUGUCGUGACCCAUGCCCUGGAUCUUGUGGUGCAAAUGCUCAAUGCAGUGUUAUUAAUCAUACACCUGUUUGUACAUGCCCUGAAGGAUAUACUGGUGAUCCAUUCAGUAAUUGUUAUCCGAAACCGCCACCUCCACCAAUUGAGGUAGACCCUUGCAAUCCAUCACCUUGCGGUGCAAAUGCACAAUGUGAUAAUGGUGUUUGUACAUGCUUACCGGAAUAUCAAGGUGAUCCAUAUUCUGGAUGUAGACCUGAAUGUGUUCUUAGUUCGGAUUGCCCACGUGAUAAAGCUUGUAUACGAAAUAAAUGUACAAAUCCAUGCCCUGGCACUUGUGGACAAAAUGCACUAUGUGAUGUGGUUAAUCAUAUUCCAAUGUGCAGUUGCCCACCAGGUCAAACGGGCAAUGCAUUUGUACAAUGUCGACCAGUACCUGCACCCGAAAUAAAACACCCUUGUAAUCCAAGUCCAUGUGGACCAAACAGUCAAUGUCGCGAAAUUAAUGGACAAGCUGUUUGUUCUUGUGUACCGGGAUAUAUUGGUAGUCCACCAACAUGUCGACCAGAGUGCGUUGUUAGUUCUGAAUGUGCUGCUAAUGAGGCAUGUAGCAAUCAAAAAUGUCGCGAUCCAUGUCCUGGUACAUGUGGCAUUGGUGCUAGAUGCGAAGUUGUAUAUCACAAUCCAAUUUGUAGUUGCCCACCAAGAUAUACUGGGGAUCCAUUUAUACGAUGCUCGCCAAUACCACCCGUGGAAAUACCAACAAACCCAUGCCAGCCAUCACCAUGUGGUCCUAAUGCUCAGUGUCAAGUUUCUGGUGAUUCGCCAUCUUGCUCAUGCCUACCAGAAUUUAUUGGUGCACCACCAAAUUGUAGACCGGAAUGUGUCAGUAACGGAGAAUGUUCUAGUCAAUUAGCAUGUAUUAAUCAAAAAUGUCGAGACCCAUGCCCCGGCUCUUGUGGUGCAAAUGCUGAAUGUCGUGUAGUUAGUCAUACACCAAAUUGUAUUUGUUUACCUGGCUAUUAUGGGGACCCAUUCACUGUUUGUAAUGUUCAAGAAAUACAAUCAUUACCACAAGAAAGACCAACACCUUGUGUACCUUCUCCAUGUGGAGCAAAUGCUAUAUGCCGUGAACAAAAUGGCGCCGGAUCUUGUACUUGUAUGGCAGACCAUAUUGGCAACCCGUAUGAGGGUUGUAGGCCAGAAUGCGUCCUUAAUUCAGAUUGUCCAUCAAAUCGUGCAUGUAUCAGACAAAAAUGUCAAGAUCCUUGUCCAGGAACAUGUGGACAAAAUGCAGAUUGCCAAGUAGUCAAUCAUUUACCAUCAUGUACAUGUCGUCAAGGAUAUACGGGAGAUCCUUUCCGUUAUUGCAAUAUUCAACCACCACAAUCUAUUGAACCAGAGCGUGGUAAUCCAUGUGUACCAACGCCGUGUGGACCCAAUAGUCAAUGUAGAGAAAUUAAUAACCAAGCAGUAUGCUCAUGUUUACCAACAUUUAUUGGCUCACCACCAGGAUGUCGACCUGAAUGUACUGUCAGUGCGGAAUGUCCCUUAAGUCAAGCUUGUAUGAAUCAAAAAUGUGUUGACCCAUGUCCAGGCCCUUGCGGUUUGAAUGCACAAUGCCAUGUUAUAAAUCACAGUCCAAUAUGCUCAUGUAAAUCAGGCCAUACUGGUGAUGCAUUCAGCAGAUGUUUCCCAAUACCACCACCGUCUCCACCUCCGGCUGCACCAAUAUACACAAAUCCAUGUUUGCCAUCGCCAUGCGGUCCAUAUUCUGAGUGUCGUGAUAUCGGUGGCACACCGUCAUGCUCUUGUUUAAGCAAUUAUAUUGGAAGUCCACCAAAUUGUCGUCCAGAGUGCACAAUAAAUCCUGAAUGUGCAAGUAAUCAAGCAUGUAUUCGUGAAAAAUGUCGUGACCCAUGCCCUGGAUCUUGUGGUGCAAAUGCUCAAUGCAGUGUUAUUAAUCAUACACCUGUUUGUACAUGCCCUGAAGGAUAUACUGGUGAUCCAUUCAGUAAUUGUUAUCCGAAACCGCCACCUCCACGUAAGAUUGAAAUAUAAUAAAUAACUUUGCCUCUAGUAGACCCUUGCAAUCCAUCACCUUGCGGUGCAAAUGCACAAUGUGAUAAUGGUGUUUGUACAUGCUUACCGGAAUAUCAAGGUGAUCCAUAUUCUGGAUGUAGACCUGAAUGUGUUCUUAGUUCGGAUUGCCCACGUGAUAAAGCUUGUAUACGAAAUAAAUGUACAAAUCCAUGCCCUGGCACUUGUGGACAAAAUGCACUAUGUGAUGUGGUUAAUCAUAUUCCAAUGUGCAGUUGCCCACCAGGUCAAACGGGCAAUGCAUUUGUACAAUGUCGACCAGUACCUGGUACGUCACCCGAAAUAAAACACCCUUGUAAUCCAAGUCCAUGUGGACCAAACAGUCAAUGUCGCGAAAUUAAUGGACAAGCUGUUUGUUCUUGUGUACCGGGAUAUAUUGGUAGUCCACCAACAUGUCGACCAGAGUGCGUUGUUAGUUCUGAAUGUGCUGCUAAUGAGGCAUGUAGCAAUCAAAAAUGUCGCGAUCCAUGUCCUGGUACAUGUGGCAUUGGUGCUAGAUGCGAAGUUGUAUAUCACAAUCCAAUUUGUAGUUGCCCACCAAGAUAUACUGGGGAUCCAUUUAUACGAUGCUCGCCAAUACCUGAACAAGCACCCGUGGAAAUACCAACAAACCCAUGCCAGCCAUCACCAUGUGGUCCUAAUGCUCAGUGUCAAGUUUCUGGUGUUUCGCCAUCUUGCUCAUGCCUACCAGAAUUUAUUGGUGCACCACCAAAUUGUAGACCGGAAUGUGUCAGUAACGGAGAAUGUUCUAGUCAAUUAGCAUGUAUUAAUCAAAAAUGUCGAGACCCAUGCCCCGGCUCUUGUGGUGCAAAUGCUGAAUGUCGUGUAGUUAGUCAUACACCAAAUUGUAUUUGUUUACCUGGCUAUUAUGGGGACCCAUUCUCUCAAUGUAUUGUUAAAAUUGAAAUCAUGGAAACCGAUAAACUGUCUCCUUGUACUCCAUCUCCGUGUGGUGCAAAUGCUGUUUGUCGUGAAAGAAAUCGAAUUGGCUCAUGUUCAUGCCUUCCAAAUUAUUUUGGAAAUCCAUACGAAGGUUGCCGACCAGAAUGUAUUUUGAACUCCGAUUGCCCUUCAAAUCGUGCUUGCAUAAAUCAAAUCUGUAAAGACCCUUGUCCUGGUACAUGUGGUCCUAAUGCUGAUUGUCAAGUUGUGAACCAUUUGCCUUCAUGUACAUGCAACUCUGGAUAUACUGGAAAUCCAUUUAAAUUCUGUUCCUUUAUACCACCCACUGCAAUUGAACAAUCACCACCCUCAAAUCCAUGCAUUCCGUCACCUUGUGGACCUAACAGCCAGUGUAAGAUAAUAAACGAACAGGCAGUAUGCUCUUGUUUGCCAACGUUCUUGGGAGUACCACCAGGAUGUCGACCAGAAUGUACCACUAACGCCGAAUGUUCACAGAGUACAGCUUGUAUAAACCAGAAAUGUGUAGACCCAUGCCCCGGUGUAUGUGGUUUGAAUGCAAAAUGUACCGUUAUUAAUCACAAUCCAAUAUGCAGUUGCAAACAAAAUUAUAUUGGAGAUCCUUUCACAAGAUGUAACCAAAUAAAACCUCCUGAAAAACCUAUAGAAAAUACUUAUAUCAAUCCUUGUGUACCUUCGCCUUGUGGCCCGUAUUCGGAAUGUCGAGAUAUAGGUGGGGCGCCAUCAUGUUCUUGUUUAAGUACAUAUAUUGGAAAUCCACCGAACUGUCGACCCGAGUGCACAAUAAAUGCAGAGUGUUCGAGCAACCAAGCAUGCCUUCGUGAAAAAUGUCGUGACCCAUGUCCUGGCUCAUGUGGUGUCAAUGCUCAAUGUACAGUUAUUAACCAUACACCUAUCUGCACCUGUCCAGAAGGAUUUACAGGUGACCCAUUCAGCAGUUGUUAUACGAAACCACCACCACCACCAGAAGCAAUUGAGGUCGAUCCUUGCAAUCCAUCUCCAUGUGGUGCAAAUGCACAAUGUAAUAACGGAGUUUGCACAUGCUUACCUGAAUAUCAAGGUGAUCCAUAUUCUGGAUGUAGACCUGAAUGUGUUCUUAGUUCGGAUUGCCCACGUGAUAAAGCUUGUAUACGAAAUAAAUGUACAAAUCCAUGCCCUGGCACUUGUGGACAAAAUGCACUCUGUGAUGUGGUUAAUCAUAUUCCAAUGUGCAGUUGCCCACAAGGUCAAACAGGAAAUGCAUUUGUACAAUGUCGACCAGUACCUGAGCAAGAAGCCAAAAAUCCUUGUAAUCCAAGUCCAUGUGGACCGAACAGUCAAUGUCGCGAAAUUAAUGGACAAGCUGUAUGUUCUUGUGUACCAGGAUAUAUUGGUAGUCCACCAACAUGUCGACCAGAAUGCGUUGUUAGUUCUGAAUGUGCUGCUAAUGAGGCAUGUAGCAAUCAAAAAUGUCGCGAUCCAUGUCCUGGUACAUGUGGCAUUGGUGCUAGAUGCGAAGUUGUAUAUCACAAUCCAAUUUGUAGUUGCCCACCAAGAUAUACUGGGGAUCCAUUUAUACGAUGCUCGCCAAUACGAGCUGAACAAGCACCCGUGGAAAUACCAACAAACCCAUGCCAGCCAUCACCAUGUGGUCCUAAUGCUCAGUGUCAAGUUUCUGGUGAUUCGCCAUCUUGCUCAUGCCUACCAGAAUUUAUUGGUGCACCACCAAAUUGUAGACCGGAAUGUGUCAGUAACGGAGAAUGUUCUAGUCAAUUAGCAUGUAUUAAUCAAAAAUGUCGAGACCCAUGCCCCGGCUCUUGUGGUGCAAAUGCUGAAUGUCGUGUAGUUAGUCAUACACCAAAUUGUAUUUGUUUACCUGGCUAUUAUGGGGACCCAUUCACUGUUUGUAAUGUUCAAGAAAUACAAUCAUUGCCACAAGAAAGACCAACACCUUGUGUACCUUCUCCAUGUGGAGCAAAUGCUAUAUGCCGUGAACAAAAUGGCGCCGGAUCUUGUACUUGUAUGGCAGACCAUAUUGGCAACCCGUAUGAGGGUUGUAGGCCAGAAUGCGUCCUUAAUUCAGAUUGUCCAUCAAAUCGUGCAUGUAUCAGACAAAAAUGUCAAGAUCCUUGUCCAGGAACAUGUGGACAAAAUGCAGAUUGCCAAGUAGUCAAUCAUUUACCAUCAUGUACAUGUCGUCAAGGAUAUACGGGAGAUCCUUUCCGUUAUUGCAAUAUUCAACCACCACAAUCUAUUGAACCAGAGCGUGGUAAUCCAUGUGUACCAACGCCGUGUGGACCCAAUAGUCAAUGUAGAGAAAUUAAUAACCAAGCAGUAUGCUCAUGUUUACCAACAUUUAUUGGCUCACCACCAGGAUGUCGACCUGAAUGUACUGUCAGUGCGGAAUGUCCCUUAAGUCAAGCUUGUAUGAAUCAAAAAUGUGUUGACCCAUGUCCAGGCCCUUGCGGUUUGAAUGCACAAUGCCAUGUUAUAAAUCACAGUCCAAUAUGCUCAUGUAAAUCAGGCCACACUGGUGAUGCAUUCAGCAGAUGUUUCCCAAUACCACCACCGUCUCCACCUCCGGCUACUCCAAUAUACACAAAUCCAUGUUUGCCAUCGCCAUGCGGUCCAUAUUCUGAGUGUCGUGAUAUCGGUGGCACACCGUCAUGCUCUUGUUUAAGCAAUUAUAUUGGAAGUCCACCAAAUUGUCGUCCAGAGUGCACAAUAAAUCCUGAAUGUGCAAGUAAUCAAGCAUGUAUUCGUGAAAAAUGUCGUGACCCAUGCCCUGGAUCUUGUGGUGCAAAUGCUCAAUGCAGUGUUAUUAAUCAUACACCUGUUUGUACAUGCCCUGAAGGAUAUACUGGUGAUCCAUUCAGUAAUUGUUAUCCGAAACCGCCACCUCCACCUGAAGCAAUUGAGGAAGAUCCUUGCAAUCCAUCCCCGUGUGGUGCAAAUGCACAAUGUAAUAACGGAGUUUGCACGUGCUUACCUGAAUAUCAAGGUGAUCCAUAUUCUGGAUGUAGACCUGAAUGUGUUCUUAGUUCGGAUUGCCCACGUGAUAAAGCUUGUAUACGAAAUAAAUGUACAAAUCCAUGCCCUGGCACUUGUGGACAAAAUGCACUCUGUGAUGUGGUUAAUCAUAUUCCAAUGUGCAGUUGCCCACCAGGUCAAACGGGCAAUGCAUUUGUACAAUGUCGACCAAUACCUGCGCAAGAACCCAAAAAUCCUUGUAAUCCAAGCCCAUGUGGACCAAACAGUCAAUGUCGGGAAAUAAACGGACAAGCUGUGUGUUCUUGUGUGCCUGGAUACAUAGGAAGUCCACCAACCUGUCGGCCAGAAUGCGUCGUUAGUUCUGAAUGUGCCUCAAAUGAGGCUUGUAGCAAUCAAAAAUGUCGAGACCCAUGUCCUGGCACAUGUGGAAUUAGUGCUAGAUGCGAAGUUGUAUAUCACAAUCCAAUUUGUAGUUGCCCACCGAAAUAUACUGGGGAUCCAUUUAUACGAUGCUCGCCAAUACUUGAACAAGCACCCGUGGAAAUACCAACAAACCCAUGCCAGCCAUCACCAUGUGGUCCUAAUGCUCAGUGUCAAGUUUCUGGUGAUUCGCCAUCUUGCUCCUGCCUACCAGAAUUUAUUGGUGCACCACCAAAUUGUAGACCGGAAUGUGUCAGUAACGGAGAAUGUUCUAGUCAAUUAGCAUGCAUCAAUCAAAAAUGUCGAGACCCAUGUCCCGGCUCUUGUGGUGCAAAUGCAGAAUGUCGUGUAGUUAGUCAUACACCAAAUUGUAUUUGUUUGCCUGGCUAUUAUGGCGACCCAUUCACUGUUUGUUAUAUUCACGAGAUGCAAGCCCUUCCACCUGAAAAACCAACACCUUGCGUACCUUCUCCAUGUGGAGCAAAUGCUAUAUGCCGUGAACAAAAUGGAGCCGGAUCUUGUACUUGUAUGGCAGACCAUAUUGGCAACCCGUAUGAGGGUUGUAGGCCAGAAUGCGUCCUUAAUUCAGAUUGUCCAUCAAAUCGUGCAUGUAUCAGACAAAAAUGUCAAGAUCCUUGUCCAGGAACAUGUGGACAAAAUGCAGAUUGCCAAGUAGUCAAUCAUUUACCAUCAUGUACAUGUCGUCAAGGAUAUACGGGAGAUCCUUUCCGCUAUUGCAAUAUUCAACCACCACAAUCUAUUGAACCAGAGCGUGGUAAUCCAUGUGUACCAUCGCCGUGUGGACCCAAUAGUCAAUGUAGAGAAAUUAAUAACCAAGCAGUAUGCUCAUGUUUACCAGCAUUUAUUGGCUCACCACCAGGAUGUCGACCUGAAUGUACUGUCAGUGCGGAAUGUCCCUUAAGUCAAGCUUGUAUGAAUCAAAAAUGUGUUGACCCAUGUCCAGGCCCUUGCGGUUUGAAUGCACAAUGCCAUGUUAUAAAUCACAGUCCAAUAUGCUCAUGUAAAUCAGGCCAAACUGGUGAUGCAUUCAGCAGAUGUUUUCCAAUACCACCUGUCGAGAAACCUGUGCAAGCAGUACCUGAAAACCCGUGCAUACCAUCACCAUGUGGGCCUCAUUCAAUUUGCCAAUCUUACGGAAAUGGUCCAUCUUGUACAUGCCAAAGCAACUUUAUUGGAAGUCCACCAAAUUGUAGGCCCGAAUGCACAAUUCAAUCGGAGUGUCCCAGCAAUCAAGCAUGUAUUCGUGAAAAAUGCCGUGAUCCAUGCCCGGGUUCUUGUGGUGUAAAUGCGCAGUGUAGCGUUAUAAAUCACACACCUGUUUGCACAUGUCCUGAUGGAUUUACAGGUGACCCAUUCAGCAAUUGUUAUCCGAAACCACCACCACCACCAAUUGAGGUCGAUCCUUGCAAUCCAUCUCCAUGUGGUGCAAAUGCACAAUGUAAUAACGGAGUUUGCACAUGCUUACCUGAAUAUCAAGGUGAUCCAUAUUCUGGAUGUAGACCUGAAUGUGUUCUUAGUUCGGAUUGCCCACGUGAUAAAGCUUGUAUACGAAAUAAAUGUACAAAUCCAUGCCCUGGCACUUGUGGACAAAAUGCACUCUGUGAUGUGGUUAAUCAUAUUCCAAUGUGCAGUUGCCCACCAGGUCAAACGGGAAAUGCAUUUGUACAAUGUCGACCAGUACCUGAGCAAGAAGCCAAAAAUCCUUGCAAUCCAAGUCCAUGUGGACCAAACAGUCAAUGUCGCGAAAUAAACGGGCAAGCUGUAUGUUCUUGUGUACCGGGAUAUAUUGGUAGUCCACCAACAUGUCGACCAGAGUGCGUUGUUAGUUCUGAAUGCGCUGCUAAUGAGGCAUGUAGCAAUCAAAAAUGUCGCGAUCCAUGUCCUGGUACAUGUGGCAUUGGUGCUAGAUGCGAAGUUGUAUAUCACAAUCCAAUUUGUAGUUGCCCACCAAGAUAUACUGGGGAUCCAUUUAUACGAUGCUCGCCAAUACCACCUGUGGAAAUACCAACAAACCCAUGCCAGCCAUCACCAUGUGGUCCUAAUGCUCAGUGUCAAGUUUCUGGUGAUUCGCCAUCUUGCUCAUGCUUACCAGAAUUUAUUGGUGCACCACCAAAUUGUAGACCAGAAUGUAUCAGUAACGGAGAAUGCUCUAAUCAAUUAGCAUGUAUUAAUCGAAAAUGUCGAGACCCAUGCCCCGGCUCUUGUGGUGCAAAUGCUGAAUGUCGUGUAGUUAGUCAUACACCAAAUUGUAUUUGUUUACCUGGCUAUUAUGGGGACCCAUUCACUGUUUGUAAUGUUCAAGAAAUACAAUCAUUGCCACAAGAAAGACCAACACCUUGUGUACCUUCUCCAUGUGGAGCAAAUGCUAUAUGCCGUGAACAAAAUGGCGCCGGAUCUUGUACUUGUAUGGCAGACCAUAUUGGCAACCCGUAUGAGGGUUGUAGGCCAGAAUGCGUCCUUAAUUCAGAUUGUCCAUCAAAUCGUGCAUGUAUCAGACAAAAAUGCCAAGAUCCUUGUCCAGGAACAUGUGGACAAAAUGCAGAUUGCCAAGUAGUCAAUCAUUUACCAUCAUGUACAUGUCGUCAAGGAUAUACGGGAGAUCCUUUCCGUUAUUGCAAUAUUCAACCACCACAAUCUAUUGAACCAGAGCGUGGUAAUCCAUGUGUACCAACGCCGUGUGGACCCAAUAGUCAAUGUAGAGAAAUUAAUAACCAAGCAGUAUGCUCAUGUUUACCAACAUUUAUUGGCUCACCACCAGGAUGUCGACCUGAAUGUACUGUCAGUGCGGAAUGUCCCUUAAGUCAAGCUUGUAUGAAUCAAAAAUGUGUUGACCCAUGUCCAGGCCCUUGCGGUUUGAAUGCACAAUGUCAUGUUAUAAAUCACAGUCCAAUAUGCUCAUGUAAAUCAGGCCAUACUGGUGAUGCAUUCAGCAGAUGUUUCCCAAUACCACCACCGUCUCCACCUCCGGCUACUCCAAUAUACACAAAUCCAUGUUUGCCAUCGCCAUGCGGUCCAUAUUCUGAGUGUCGUGAUAUCGGUGGCACGCCGUCAUGCUCUUGUUUAAGCAAUUAUAUUGGAAGUCCACCAAAUUGUCGUCCAGAAUGCACAAUAAAUCCUGAAUGUGCAAGUAAUCAAGCAUGUAUUCAUGAAAAAUGCCGUGAUCCUUGCCCUGGAUCUUGCGGUUUGUUUGCGCAGUGUAACGUUAUUAAUCAUACACCUGUUUGUACAUGCCCUGAAGGAUAUACAGGUGAUCCAUUUAGUAAUUGUUAUCCUAAACCACCACCACCGCCAGAACCAAUUGAAACAGAUCCUUGCAAUCCAUCACCUUGUGGUGCAAAUGCUGAAUGCUUAAAUGGAGUUUGUUCAUGUUUAACUGAGUAUUAUGGUGAUCCUUAUUCUGGAUGUAGACCCGAAUGUGUUCUUAGUUCGGACUGUUCUAGAGAAAAAACUUGCAUUCGAAAUAAAUGUGUUGAUCCUUGUCCAGGAACUUGUGGACAAACAGCUGAAUGCGUUGUUAUUAAUCAUAUACCAAUUUGUAGCUGUCCAGUGAAUUAUACCGGCGAUCCAUUUAUUCAAUGCCGUCCAAUUCUCUUUAAAACCUCGAAAUGUAUCCCAUCACCCUGUGGUCCUAACAGUCAAUGCAGGGAAUUAAAUAACCAAGCUAUUUGUAGUUGCUUGCCAGGUUUUAUUGGUUCACCACCACUGUGUAGACCUGAGUGUGUUUCAAAUUCUGAAUGUUUGUUAAAUAAAGCUUGUGUUAAUCGUAAAUGUAUUGAUCCUUGUCCUGGAACAUGCGGCUUAAAUGCAAUUUGUCAUGUUGUUAAUCAUAAUGCAAUUUGCAGUUGCCCGGCUGGGUACACGGGAGAUCCUUUCAUUCAAUGUUCUAAACGGCUAAUUAUUCCACCUGUUACACAAGAACCACUCAAUCCAUGUGUGCCAUCGCCAUGUGGACCCUAUUCAAAUUGUAUAGUUUCAUCAAAUGGUCAAGCAUCUUGUUCUUGUAUUGCUAAUUAUAUUGGUCAACCACCACUUUGUAAACCAGAAUGUGUGGUACACGAUGAUUGUCAAAAUUCACUUGCUUGCAUUAAUCAGAAAUGUAGAGAUCCUUGUCCUGGAUCUUGUGGAAUCAAUGCUCAAUGUUCUGUUGUAGGCCAUGUUCCGAAUUGUAUAUGUAUCUCAGAUUAUGUCGGUGAUCCUUUCACUAGAUGUUCUCCAGCACCUCAACAAAUUGUUAAACCAACUCCACCGUCUGACCCUUGUUAUCCAUCACCAUGUGGAUCUAACGCACGAUGUAGAACAGAAAACAACAGACCUAUUUGUGAAUGCUUGCCUGAAUAUCAUGGAAAUCCAUAUGUAAAUUGUCGUCCAGAAUGUUUAGCAAAUUCAGAUUGUCCAAUGAAUUUAGCAUGUAUACGAAAUAAAUGCCAAGAUCCUUGUCCAGGAACUUGUGGAGUUGGUGCAAUUUGCACUGUUGGAAAUCACAUACCCAUUUGUACAUGUCCUGAAGGAACAACUGGAGAUGCAUUCACUAUUUGCCAACAAGCUCCACCACCUAAAGAUGUAACGCCAACCGAUCCAUGCUAUCCUUCACCUUGUGGUCGCAAUACAAUUUGCCGUACUCAAGGAAAUGUUGCUAUCUGUGAAUGUUUACCAGGAUAUGAAGGAAGUCCAACUAGUAGCGGAUGCCGCACUGAAUGUACUAUCAGUUCAGAUUGUGCAAAAGAUAAAGCAUGCGUUAGAAACAAAUGCGUAGAUCCUUGUCCGGGUGUAUGUGGAUAUGCUGCAGUUUGUCAAACAAUUAAUCAUAGCCCAGUUUGCAGUUGCCCAUCUGGAUUAGUGGGUGAUCCAUUUACACUUUGCAAAAAAGAAAUAAUUGAACACACUGAUCCUUGUUCACCAUCUCCAUGUGGCUUGAAUGGACAAUGUCGUGUCGUUAAUAAUAAUGCAGUAUGUCACUAUCCUGAAUGUGUUAUUAAUCAAGAUUGUCCACGAACCAGAAUAUGUUUAAACCAAAAGUGUAAAGAUCCGUGCAUUGACGCUUGUGGUAUAAACGCAAUUUGUCAAGUAGUAAAUCAUAAUCCUGUAUGUUCUUGUCCAAAAGGAUAUAUAGGAUCACCGUUUGCCGAAUGCAAAUUAUCACCUCCACCAAUAGAAAUUCGACCAGAAUGUACUCAAGAUUCAGAAUGUACAAAUGAUAAAUCAUGUAUUAAUCAACAAUGUAAAAAUCCUUGUGUAGAAUAUCCAAAUAGUUGUGGCACAAAUGCUGAAUGUCAUACACAAUUCCAUAGACCAAUCUGUAGUUGCAAAGAUUCGUAUACAGGAAACGCAUUGACUGCGUGUUACGAAAUUGGCUGCCGUUCAGAUUCGGAUUGUCCAUCAACUGAAUCGUGCGUUAACAAAGAAUGUGUAAAUGCUUGCAAAUUUACACAAUGCGGAAUAAACGCUAUGUGUCGAGCUGAUGGCAGUCAUAAAUCAAGAUGUUAUUGCCUAGAAGGAUACAAGGGUAAUCCAUUCACAAGAUGCGAUCGACCAGAAUGCUUACGAGAUGAAGAAUGUCCAUACAAUUUAGCUUGCGUAAAUGAACGUUGUGAGAGCCCGUGCCAUUGUGCUCCAGGUGCUUUAUGCACCGUCACCAAUCAUAGACCAUCAUGUCAAUGUCCACCAGGGUACCAGGGUGAUCCAAAUGUUAUUUGUGCAGUAGCUGUUAUUCAAGAGCAACCACAAUGUAAAAUGGAUGCAGAUUGUCCAAGCAAAUUAGCAUGCUUUAGUGGAAAAUGUCGCAAUCCAUGCACUGAGGCUUCGCCAUGUGCACAGAAUGCUUUAUGUACAGUUGUCGAUACAUUACCACUUAGGACAAUGUCUUGUCAAUGUUUACCUGGAUUUGUUGGGGACGCUGAUGUUCAAUGUAGACCAGUUGAAAAAGGCGGUUGUGAAACUGAUGAUGAAUGUCCAUCAAACAACAUAUGCUUAAAUAGAAAUUGCGUGAAUCCAUGUAUUGCAAGAAAUCCAUGUGCUUCAACAGCUAUAUGUGAAGCUAAUAAUCAUAAAACGAUAUGUCAUUGUCCAACUGGUUUAUUAGGAGAUCCGUUUGUAAAUUGUUAUGAAGUCGCUGUUCCAUCACCUGAGUGCACCACAAAUUCAGAAUGCUCAAAUAACAACGCUUGUAUUAAUGAACGUUGCCAAGAUCCAUGUGUAAUAUCUAAUCCAUGUGGAACAGAAGCAAUUUGUAGAACAGUUCAACAUAUACCUAUUUGUAACUGUCCUGAUGGUUGGGGUGGUAAUCCACAAUUGCAAUGUUAUAAACCUGAAUGUAAAGUUGAUUCAGACUGUCCUUACGAUAAAACUUGUAUUAAUGAAAAUUGUUUGAAUCCGUGCCUACACGACAAGAAUAGUCAAUGUGGUAGGGGGGCGGACUGUCGAGUACAACAACAUAAAGCACAAUGUCACUGCCCAGCAGGAACUCAAGGCAACCCAUUAUUAGCAUGUAUUACUGGAGUUUGUCAAUAUAAUGAAGAUUGUGCUGACCAUGAAGCAUGUGAUCGAUUAAAUCGUAUUUGUCGACCUGUUUGCGAUGAUGAUACAUGUGCAGAUACUGCUGUUUGUGUUGGUCGUGACCAUCAACCACAAUGUUCAUGUCCAUCUGGAACAUCAGGAAAUCCAUAUAUUAGCUGUACGCAUACGCAAGUUCCUAUAGAGGCUGAAUGUCGAGUAGAUGAAGAUUGUCCCCCACAAUUUGCUUGUAUCAAUAAAGAAUGUCGAAAUCCAUGUUCGCAAAAUAUUUGUAGCGUCGAUCAAGAAUGCCGUAUUUUGGACACGUUACCGUUACGAACUGUUAUGUGCCAAUGUCCUCCAGAUACUAUAGUCGAUGCUAAUGGCAACUGUAAACCUAUCGUCCAAAUUUCACCACAAUGUGUUACUGACACUGAUUGUGGAUCAACGGAACGUUGUUUGGAUGGUACUUGUCUACAAGUAUGUCAAUUAGAUCCUUGUGGUAUCAAUGCUCAAUGUAAUGGUCAAAAUCAUCGUGCCCAUUGUACUUGUGCUGUGGGUUACAUAGGAAAUCCUCACAUUGAAUGUAUUCCAAAAAUACCAGUGAUUCCAGCGGUACCUGAAUGUUACAAAAAUGAUGAUUGUAAUGGAGAUCAAACUUGCUACAAUGAAAGAUGUAUUAAUCCUUGUGCUACAGAUAAUCACUGUGCCCAAGGAUCUUUCUGUUACGUAGAGAAUCACCAACCAAUUUGCAGAUGUCCCAUGGGAUAUCUAGGACUACCAACAAUGGAAUGUAUACCACCCACAACAGCUACCGUUGGAUGUAAAUCAAAUUCAGAAUGUCCUGGUUCAGAAGCGUGUGUUAAUGGUUUGUGUGUAAGUCCAUGUAAUUGUGGGCCAAAUUCAGAAUGCCGAGUUAACAAUCAUUAUCCAAUAUGUUUCUGUAAAUCGGGUUAUUCUGGAAAUCCACAAUAUGGUUGCACGAAACUGGAAUGUCAAUCUGACAGCGAAUGUGGCAACGAAUUACAAUGCUUUAACGGUCAGUGUUUAAAUCCAUGUUCGUUAGAAGAUCCAUGUGCAACAACAGCUGAAUGUUACGGACACAAUCACAGAGCAGCAUGUAAAUGUUCUUCUGGAUAUGAUGGAAAUCCAUUUGUAAAAUGUGAACGAAUUGAAUGUCAAACCAACAGUGAUUGUCCGAACGAUAAAACUUGUAUUGAACAACGUUGUAUAAAUCCAUGUUCAAAUGAAGCGAAUCCACCAUGCGCACAAAAUGCUAUUUGUUAUCCACAAAACCAUGCAGCAAAUUGUAGAUGUCCUGAUUAUUUACCAAAUGGAAAUCCAUUAUCAUAUUGUGAACGUACACCUAUCCAUGAAAAUGAACCUGAAUGUAAAUUUGAUAUUGAUUGUCCAAGUAAAUUGGCUUGUAUACGAAAUACAUGCGUGAAUCCAUGUAAAGAACUCUCACCUUGCGCAUCGACCGCCCACUGUAGUGUGUUAGAUUCAUUACCUGUUCGUACAAUGAUUUGCACAUGUCCUGAUGGAUGGGUACCAAAUAAUGAUGGUGAGUGUCGUCCGAUUGUUGUACCUGUUCCGCCCGGAUGUACAGUUGACGAUGAUUGUUCAGCAAAUGAAACAUGCAUAAAUCGAGCUUGCCGUAACCCAUGUAAUUGUGGCACAAACACCAAUUGUUUCAUUCAAAAUCAUCGUCCAAUCUGCUCAUGUUUAGAAGGAUUUGAUGGAAAUCCAAAUAUUGCGUGUCAUGCAAUUGGAUGCAGAUCAAAUUCUGAAUGUGAUUCUGGAAAAGCUUGUGUGAAUGGAAAUUGUAUUAACCCAUGUCUACUAAAUGAUCCAUGUGGAACGAAUGCUGAAUGCUUUGUACAAGGCAAUCAAGCACAAUGUCGUUGUUUAAGUGGAUAUCGUGGAAAUCCAACUGAAAAAUGUUCCAUCGUGGGUUGUAGAAGUAACAGCGACUGUCCAAGUGAUCGUCAAUGUAUUAAUUCACAUUGUAUUAAUCCUUGUGUAUAUGAUAACCCAUGUUCACCACGUGCUGAAUGCCGCGUACAAAAUCAUAUGUCAUUAUGUCGAUGCCCACUUGGAUAUUAUGGAAAUCCAUAUGUGGAUUGUAAACAAGAACAGCAACCCGAAUGUAAAGUGGACACAGAUUGUCCAUCUUUACUUGCCUGCUUAAACAAUAAAUGUCAAGAUCCAUGUGCUAUAUUGGAGCCAUGUCAACGGCCAUCACAAUGUAAAGUUGUUCCAUCACCAGUAAGAACAAUGAUUUGUACUUGCCCAACUGGUUAUAUUAGUAGUGGUAGUGGAACUUGUAAGCCAACACCAACGGCAAUCAGUAUCGGUGAAUGUUCAGCCGAUUCGGAUUGUCCAAACGAAAAAUCUUGCAUUAAUAACUUAUGUAAAAACCCAUGCAAUUGUGGUGAAAAUGCCCAAUGUCGAAUUUAUAAUCACAAACCAGUUUGCUCAUGUUUAGAAGGUUUCGUUGGAAAUCCUGAAAUUGAAUGUGUACGAGCUGGUUGUCGAAACAAUGACGAAUGUUCUGGAUCACAAACAUGUAUCAAUCGGAAAUGUGUACCAGCAUGUUCUAUUGGUCAAUGUGGUGUACGAGCUGAUUGUUACGGUGUAAAUCACAGAGCCGUUUGUGAUUGUCCACCAGGAUUUAUGGGUAAUCCAGACGUUGCUUGUGUUAUAGUAGGUUGUCGCAGUGAUUCAGAAUGUCCAUCUGAUAAAGCAUGCAUAAACAACAAAUGUGAAAGUCCAUGCUUAUUAUCCAAUCCAUGCGGUCCAUCAGCUGAAUGUAAAAUUUAUAAUCAUAAAGCUGUUUGUACAUGUCCAGUUGGCUUCAGAGGUGAUGCUGAAAUUUGUAUCAAGGAAGAACCUGGAUGUCGAAAUGAUUUAGAUUGUCCAAGUCAAACAGCAUGUAUUAAUUCCGAAUGUAUCAAUCCUUGCAACACAACACAACCUUGCGGUAUUAAUGCUGAAUGUAAAAUCAUUGAUACAGUACCGAUUCGAACUAUGAUCUGUAUUUGUCCACCUGGUUUACAAGGUAACGCAGCAGAAGAAUGUAAGCCCGUAGUUCGAGGUCCAUGUCCACCAAAUACUGCAUUAAAUGAGCAAGAUAUUUGUGUUCCAUGUUUACCCGAAAGAGGUUUGAAAGUCAAUGAAAAGGGUUAUUGUGUAUGUGAUUUAGAACGCGGCAUGAUUAUUGACGAAAAGGGUAAUUGUGUUUGCCCAGUUGAACACGGUUAUGUCCUCACACCAAUCGGAACUUGUGUUCCAAUUGGUCCCGAAUGUGAGCGAGAUUCUGAUUGUGCAGAUAAUAAAUAUUGUAACCCCGAAACAAAAACAUGUGAUGAUCCAUGUUUAAUUAAAAAAUGUGGACUUAACGCUUUUUGUAACGCUACACGUCACGAAGCCGUUUGUCAAUGUAUUAACGGUUACACUGGUAAUGCUGAAAUUCGAUGCAAUCAUACAAACAAUUUCCGUACUGAUUUCCCACGCCCCGAUAUGACAGUCAGUUGUCUAUCAGAUGGUGUUCAAGUAGAAAUUCAUAUUACCGAACUUGGAUUUAAUGGCGUACUUUAUGUCAAAGGCCAUAGUAAGGAUGAAAAAUGCCGACGUGUUGUUACCAUGCCUAGUGAAGUUCGAGUGGAAAUAUUCAAGGUAGAAUUUGGAAAUUGUGGUUUGAUUCAUGUGAAUGGGCAAGCUAGCUUUGUGCUAGUAAUUCAAAAACAUCCCAAGCUUGUUACAUAUAAAGCGCAAGCAUAUCAUAUAAAAUGUAUGUAUCAAACAGGAGAACAAAAUGUUACUCUUGGAUUUAAUGUAUCAAUGCUUACAACUGCUGGAACCAUUGCAAACACCGGUCCACCACCAACAUGUCUUAUGAAAAUUGUGACGUUCAAUGGCCAAGAAAUUAAUUCCGCUGAAAUCGGUGAUAACUUAAAAUUACAAGUUGAUGUACAACCCGCAUCGAUAUACGGUGGUUUCGCUCGCAGUUGUGUAGCUAAAACAAUGGAAGAUAACGUCGAGAAUGAAUAUAUAGUAACAGAUGAAAAUGGUUGUGCUACAGAUCCAACCAUUUUCGGCGAAUGGACGUAUAAUGCCGAAACACAAUCAUUACUAGCAAGCUUUAAUGCAUUCAAAUUCCCUAGCAGUGAUAACAUACGAUUCCAAUGUAAUAUUCGAGUGUGUUUCGGUAAAUGUCAACCUGUAAAUUGUCGUGGUUAUAAUGCGUUUGGUAGAAGAAGAAGAGCUGUCGAUGAUGAAAAUGAAACUGCUUUGGCUAUUGAUGGAGAUGGAUUGACUGGUCAAUUACGUGAAGAAAUAACUAUAUCAUCAAAUGCAAUUUUAACGUUUGAACGUAGGGAGGAACGAUUUGUAGAUCCAACAGAAGCUCCUGAUUUGCAACGCGAUAUGCAAGAUAUUUGUGUGUCUAUGAUUGGAUUUAUAAUUGCUUUGAUUAUUACCGCGCUAUUAGCGUUAGUAGCUGUAGCAGUUGCUGUUUCUUGUUGGCUUAUGGCUUAUCGACGUAGGCCGACAGCAACAGGACCAUUACCACAUCCACCAGAAUUCCCAAAUCCAUUAUUUACAACACCAGAACCAGUAGCGGAACCUUCUCCAGACUAUCUAACGUGAAAUGAUCAAGAAACACAUUUAUAUAUAUAAAUAAGUCUAGUAAUGAAAUUUAAUAAAUU